AUGCACGACAAAUUUAAUACGAGCAUCUCGGCGGCAAUAUCGACACACCGCAAGCGCGCACCCAGUCGCGGUGUCCGUAACACGCGAACGCGGGUCAUAAUCAAUUGCAUAAACGAGACGCGGAUUGUGUACAUUCUGUACACCGUUAUAUUCUCGUGGCGGCGUCUUCAUCGGCGGAAGAUUGUGAGUAGGCGGAUAUAAGAGCCGCUUGUUCAGUGCCUAGGUCGGUUUUUAGAUUCGGAAGAGAGCGACCGAUCUGUUGGUAUUACUGUGUGUUUUUUUUUUCCGCUUGUGUGCAACUUUUCCACCGGAAAUCUUGAUCCUGUACAUCAAGUGUAGCGCCUUUUCUGAAUGGAAAUUUUAUCGUUUUGGUGCACGGCAGAGAAGGUCAUUUUUUGAUUUUCCGAGGCGUUUUAAAAACAAUUGCGAAAAACCGGAAACUAUUGCUAAUGUUCACGGUACGCCGACGCGGCGCGGCGUUACCAAAUCCAUUGUUUUUAAUUUUUGGAAACUACGUUUUCUAUCAGAAAUAUUACUCGACUAGAAAAACGUCAACAAGAGACCCUUUUUAUGUUUCAUUUUUGAUCUAGUUGGUAAGCAAAAAAGUCGUUUUGUAUUUUCUUAGUAAUUUUUUUCAUAAUUGAACAAAACCGAAAAAAUAAGGGCAGUAAGAACGGACAAAUUUACGAAAAUAAUGGUUUCUUCACAGUGUAAAGGUUUCUUGUAAUUUUUCGAUUGAAGCAAGUUUUUUGUACGAACAUUUAUUUACAUACAGAAAAAAAAAAUUUUAAGAAAACAAACACACCAAUAAAUCCGUUACUCUGUUCCAAAUCUAAAAGAGUACAAGAAUAUUACUAUUUUAAAAACUCGAUUGGAAUUGAUAUUUUUCAUCGAUCGAUUUUUCACAACCGAUGAACCUUUAUAUAGACACAAAAUUAAAUUAUUUAACUCGUAAAAUCGUUGACAUUUCAGAAUCGGUUAUUUUAUAUGAAUAAAUGCGUAAUGUUUUUAAAAAAAAAAAAAAAAAAACUGUUUUCAAUAAAGUAUACAUGCAUCGCAUUUUUCUCAUCGAAUUCAUCCAUAGCGUAUAAAAUACCACGAUGACAGCGCACAAAUAUACAAAAUAUUUUGUUGUCAAGAUUUUUUUCCUGCACUUCAGCAUCACCCUGCAGUAACGUUUAAGUCGUUUAAGAAUAAAUCGUUCAAGAAAUGUUAGGAAGAAAAAAAAUAUUGAAUUCUAAAAUACAAUUUACAUUAUAAAACUCAACAUAAUAUUAAACAUAUGCGUAGUAAAUAAUUACAAAAUUUUAGGAUUAUAUUAAAUGCAAAGUUUACAGUGAGUACAGGCCAGUAAAUGGUUUACGAUUCUGAGCUCAGCGAAGAAUAUAUUAGUUAUACAGCUUUUACAAUAUAAUGUUUUUUUUUUUUUAAAUAAUUUAAUAUCAUAAUAAUAUUGUUAAUAAAAUCUUAAUAGAAUCAUUUUAGUAUAAAUCUAUUUUCAAUGAUGAUUUAUUUUUAUAUUCUGAGCGCAGCGAAUAUGAUUUAACCAAUUUCUUUUUUUUUGUCUGUAAUCAAAUUUCUAUCAGAAAUCAGAAAGAAUUUUAAAUUUUCUGAAGAAUUUUAGAAUACUAUAAAAUUAUACUAUCAAACUUAAAUGUUUUUAACGUUAUUGCACUUUUUUUUUCUCCGCAAGUUUUUAUUACCAAAAAAACCAUUCUUCAAUUCUAUUAACAAUUAAAUUCUAAAUUUAUCGAAAAAAAAACUAAGUCGUGUCUACGAACCCACGACGAGAACUUUUUAACACAAUAACGCGAUUUCCAUUUACAUCCGAAAUCCUUUCGUAUGAAAUAUUUGGUGCUGUAUGCAAGACACGCAGUGUGAAGAUUGCUGGAUAUUACUGACAUUUGUUUUUCGUAAUUGAGUAGGUUUGACGUUCAACAGCACUUUGACACGGUCCCCUUCAGGGAAUACGAAUACCCUAAAUGUUACGCAACUUUUUUCUGGUUGUAAAUAUUUAUUUAUUUUUUUUGUAUCUUGUAUUUUGUAGUUUUCCGAAUUUCUACAUGGGUUUUUUUAAACUUUCACCACGCGGUCAAUGCACUUUUACUAUGGUGAAAUUAUACAAAUAUAAUUUUUAUUGAGAAACGUGGAAUUUUACUAAGAUCCACGUAUUAUUUUUAAGGUACUUCACUACUUUUUGUGCACAUAACAAUGUCAUCGACUGAUAAUUUUGAUGUGUUUGCGUAAAAAUAUACAUAUAAUAAUACCUAUGUCACAUAAAAUAUAUUGUACGAUUGUCGAGCAAACAUUUCAGAUAGAUCGUCAAUAACGAUAACAUUAUUAAAUAACUUAAAAAUUAAAGAUUAUUGUGUUUUAAUACGAUAAUAUAGGUACACUCUUCGCACGAAAGCACGUAAUUGUUAAUUUAUUGGUACGUGACGGUAAAACAUAAAAAUUUAUCGAGAUCAAACCAUCGAACAAUUUAAACAAAAUGGUACGUGUUUUCGGUAAAAAUCAAAUUCGCGUAAUAUUGUUAAACCAACAUACGUAAAAAGAAAAACGGGAACGAUGGGAAAACCGCAUUAAACGUAAUUUAUUGUAAUCCGUGCGAAGAAAAAAAAAAGAAAAAACCGAAAUAGGUACAGAAUAAGCUCGGAAAAAUUCUACCCUCGUUCCAUAAAACCGUUGUAGUUGAUAUUGAUUAAACAUUUAAAUAUAAAUGUACGGUUCAUAGGUGAUUUUUUUUUUUUUUAUAGCCCGUGUUAUUAACAUAAGUUAUAUGUUAGCCUACACAUAUUAUGCUCAAGACAAUAAUACGAAUCUUGCAGUUCCAGUGAUAAUAAACAACAAUAAUUUCCUUUUAGCUUUUUUUAAAAAAAAAUAUAGUAUUAUUCAAUUGUAUAAGUUAUAUUAAAACUAUACGCCGUAAAUUAUUACAAAACACCUGAUGGAUACUUGAAAACAUUUUCUACCAACAACAAUAUUAUACAUAUUAUGAGUUUAGACUUUUAAAAUAGUUGUUUUUUUUUUUAAAAAAAAAACGGAAAAAGUCAGAAAACUGUUUCGGGUAGUUUUUUUUUUUUUUGUCAGUAAUUACAAAAGUCGUAAAUCGUUUGGCUUUUCAAAUUUGUUUUUAAAUAAAUGAUUGUAUGGAUUUAAACUACAUUAGACAUUUGUCCCUAUACUCUAGAAUUUUGAUUAGCGUAAACGAAUUAUUGAAAAUGAGUAUAUUUUUGUACCUUUUCUAUACAAAUUAGUAAAUAGUAAAUUAUAGUAAAUCAGUAAAUUCAUCUCUUUCAACUAGACCAAUUUGGUAAGGAAGUCUAACCCAACAUUAUAGUUCCAUAUUUUAAUAUAUAGCGGAUCAAGACAAGAAUAGUACUCUAAGACAGUGGAUAUUGUAGAAAAAUGAUGUCAAUCUGAACGAGGAACCAAAUGAUCUAAUACAUUUUAGGGUAAUCUGUUCGAUGUGAGUAGAGAAAAAAAGGUUAGAUUGGAAUGUAUGACUAGGGUGCGUAUACUUUUAAACUCUGGUAUUAAUUUAUUCCCAAUAGAGUAAUCGAUUGAAAUUUGUCUAUCAGAGAGUGACGAAAAAAAAAAAAUAAAAAUGAGGUACCUUAUCUAAAUACAGUAAUUCGUCUAUUUUCAGAAGUAAACUGUAGAGCGACUAUUCUUAUUAUUACAUUAAAAUUUGAGAUAUAAGAAAAUAGGAUGAUAUGUUGGAUUGUUGACAAGCGCAUCGGAAUGCAAUUGUAUUUUCAUUUAUUUUCGUGAAGUAAACUUGUGCCGAAAAACUGAAGAUUUAAUUAUUGAAUUGCGCAAUUUUCGCGAGUAAGACCGGUCGCCUUCGAUAUUCAAUUGGGGGCAGUGUUCAUAAUAAUAAUAGUAUACAUAGAUAUUUGUUUGGUCGGCGGAGUUUCGUACACGCAGAGAACAUUGUAAUAUUAGGCACAGGUAUACCUGCACAAUAUGGGUGCACGCGAAAGAAUAACGAGAAAAUAUAAUAUUCGCCGUAGUGUCAGCGAGUAAACAAUAAAUAAUAAUAAUAAACGUAUAUGUACAUAUCCAAAAUAUACACAUAGUUAACGCGGCGGAUUUUAGUUUUGUGUGUAUAUACACACUGCGUAUAGAAGUAUAGCAAAUGUUAAUAGCAGUUUCCGCAGUACACCGCCACCGGCGCCGCUAUAGAGGUUACGAGAAAUCCCACUCGGAAUUAUUAUUAUUUGAGUUUAUGAUUUUGAUUUUGAUUUUUUUUUUUUCGGUUUUUUCCCCCUCGUUUUUUUUUUUUUGUUAAGUUAACCUAACCUACCUAUAUAUACACGUCCCGUGUAAAGCCGCGGCACUAUUAUUUGUUCUGCGAAAUUUCACCUGUGCUGAUGCAGUGUAUACAGUAUACCUACUUUAUGUUAGCAUAUAGGCACGGAACAAAUGUUUAUCCGUGAAAAUCCAUGGUUCGGUUUUUCGUUCACGCGACACUACGCAUUCAGCGGGUAACAAUAUGCAAACGCGUCCGCAAAGAGUAAACAUUAUAAGCGUUUUUCUAAAACAACGCGCGCAGACUUUGCGAAUUCGAUUUAAACAUUCCCCAGAAUAGGAAAAAAAAAAACACCAUUUUAAGUUCAAACUUCCAUACGUUACGUACUUUAACGUCAUCUGCAUGUAGUAUAGUUGAACGGUAUCACUAUACGCGCAAUAUAUUUUAUACACGAUGGACUAAAAUAACACCAAAAUAUAAUUUUAUUCUAUGCAUUGUAUACAAUAUUUCCUCGCUUUUGGUUAUCGUGAAAAACAAAAAUAAAAUGGAAAAACGAAACUACCGGCUGAAUUAUCACAGGGAUAUAAUUUGCUACCUCUUGAAUUUAAACAUGAUUUCCGGUUAAAAAUUUCUUUGGUUUAGGGAAGGGGAGUUUAAGUCGAUUUUAUAUAGUUUUCGAUACGAGUGAAUAAAAUAUUGAAAAUUGUUCAACAAUAUAAUGGGUAAAUUUUCUAAAUGUUGUCUAACCUAAAUAUGGUGUUACAAAGAACUUGUGCUUUUUACAAAAUAAAAAGUAGGUAUACAUACAUCAUAACGAUUUAAAAUAUUUUAAUUUUUGGUAUAACAUGUGUUAGAAUAUUCCUGAUGCCAUUUAGGCAGAACAAUAAAGGGCGAAAAAUUACAAAGAUAAAACGAUAAAAAAAAAAAAAAAUCCGAAAAUUGACUUGAACCCUUCUUCUCCGUGGAAGAAUUAUUUUUAAAAGAACAUUUAUAUUACAUUUUUAACUAACACAAUUAUAAAUAAUGUAAUUUUAAAUCCGGUAAUAUUAACGAUUUAAAAUUACGUUUUCAGCCACCGCUGUGCAAUGAAAAAGCGUGCUUGGGUAGUAUCAUGUUUCCGCCAACCUACAAUAACUCGACGGUGAGACCGAAAACCGAAGUAUUGGAGCUGGCCGAAGAUUUUUUGAAACAAUAUUUCACUUCCAUCAAAAGGUAAAUAAACAUAUUUGUAUUAAUAUUUAAAUAUAUAUCUAUAAUAUUAUUUUAAAAAAAAAAAAGAAAAUCCAAAAAUGAUACAUUACGUCAAUUCAGACGAUUGUUACUUGUUAGUACUGCAAACCGCAUACAUAUUACCUAAGUUUGUUACAAACCUAACAAUUUUCUGGAAUUAUCAGAUGUCAUUUAUGCAUUUUAGUUUUUAUUCUGAGUAGUAAAAGCUAAUGUAUUUUCAAAAAAGCUGUAUUAGUGUAUACACAUAUGUAUUUUCCAAAUUUAAUUUGCGUGUGUUGAAUUUUAUUUAAAAUUGACUUAAACCCUUCCUGAGACCCUUCUUUCCUAAGACCAAAGAAAUAAUUAUUGCCGUUUUUAACUUAUGGCAUUCGUUAUUUGAACGAAAAUUCUAAAUUUAUUAAAAACGUUCGUAAUUAAUUUAACGGUUUUUUAUAAGGACAAUAUUACGGAGGAGAGGGGGGAAUGUACUCGUCAGUCGUCAUCAUCAUGAUUCUCUACCAGCACUAAUCGAGUGACAAAAUAAUCGAAUAAUUCAACAAAAUAAUAUGGGAAUCUAUGUGUUCAAAUUAUAUUACAUCGACAUUUAAAAAUGAUGUUAUAACACCGAUGUUGACUAAAAAUAACUAUCUUAUGUUCACAAUGUAUUCUGAUCGUUUUUCAAUUUUAUUAUUUUUAUGUAAUCGAAAAUUGAACUAUUUUCGCCCAUGUUGUCAUUUUGAUUCCGCUUUCUUCGCCAGUAUUUAGGUGGCAGUACUUCACACCACCGCUUGCGACGAUGUAAUUUUCUAUUCAAAAUAAUAAUAUAAUAUACCCGCACUCAAUAAAUCUCCUGCAGGUUUGACUUUAUCGCCGGGGUAUCUAUUACGGUUAUGUCUGCUUUCCCGAAAAAUGUCACUAUCCAUCUUACUCACACACUUUCAAAUGCCAAAUAUGGAGGUAGCCGCACUAAUACUUUGCUAUAUUUUCCGAAUUGUAUUGACAUAAUAUUCUUAAAAAAUAUUCCAGUCACAAGACCGCGAAGAAGGAAAAAAAAACCCUAUCCACUCAUUAUCGAAUAGCGUUGACUUGUUUCCGUCGAACCAUUAUUAGACCGAGAGACGAUGUUAUUGCAUAGUGUUUUCUCAAACAUAAUAUUUCACCCGGUAUCUACAUAAAUGAUUUAUUGCCUAAUACCUAAUUUAGUUUCGGUGCUUCUCGCUAUAAGCCUGCAGCAGUGGUCGGCGCAGGUAACCUUUUUAACGUAAAGGGCCAAAAAAUUAGCAUAACAAUAUCGUAUCGAGGGUCGUCGAACGAAAUAAUACGAGUAAUAUGUUAAAAUAUUAUUUCGAUUGUUUAGAUUUCGUAAUAAAACCGUAUAACAGCUAGUGCGUAUGUUUUAAAGCAGUAUACCGAAUUUGCUAUCGGAACAUAAAAAUCAAGAUACAAUAUAAACCUCUCGCCUAACGAUACCGUUAAUUUCGGAUCGCGGGCAAUUCGCUGCGGAUACAGUGUAUUACGGGUUAAAUAUUUGUUUUUGAUAUAAUAUGAUACAGGUUUUAAAUGCGGUGAAAUAUAAUGUGUAAAUAAAUGGGUGUCAAUUUAUUUUUUAGCGUGGUAAUAAAUGUCCUCGUCAUAGUAGUACCUAUAAUAACAAAAUUAACUUAACAUUUAAAAUAUAAUUUAAUGACAACACUGUUAAAAUUACACAUUUAAUUUUUUAACCGUGUGCUAUACCUCCUUUUAAAUAGUAAUUAAUGGUUCUAUUUUAAUAAUCGUCGAAAACAUAAAAUACGUUCUGCGAUUGUCUGAUUCGUACCCGAGAGCACUGAAUAAAUUAUCACCAUGUUAACCCAUUCAGACUCCAUCUUCUGUAUAACGCAUGCUAACAACUCGGAUGAGGUAAUUAUUUAAAAACAAAACGGACAUACUUAGCACGACGGGUGGGCCAGUGUUGCAGGUGAGAAGUUAGGAAUAGAGAGGGAAAUUUAAUGUUUAUCUAUACGCAACGAUUAAUCAUUGAUAACGAAAAACGAUUCUAAGCAGAGUACGGUUUUACAUAUUUUGAAAGACCGUAAUAUUUGCAUUUUUGUCAAGAUUUAAUAUUAAAAUUCUUGUAAACAAAAAAUUCUACAUCAUACACAACUUUUUUUUCAUAUCACAAAGUACGACUUAUAAUGAACCUCCUGUUAAAUUUUCAAACAUUUCUGUUUGGUCCAAUAAUUUUCUCCACAGACACCUACUGAAUGAAAAUUACUUAAAAAACUCAAAAAUUAAAAUGCUUAUAAAUAACUCAAAAAUGUCUAAAAUAUUUUCCCUCGUCCAGAAAAGGCAAAUAUAAGUUUUCUGUCUAAAUUUCAAGUUUCCACAAAUAUAUUUAACUAAAUUACAACAAUAAACAAAGUCAAAAAUUAAUUUUCGGGCCUUUGUCAAAAUGCGACAAUACGCGACUUAAAUUUACAAUAACUAUUGUCUGCCUUUCUUCUUCGAAUCGUAUAUUUUCUAGAUUACGUAAACUAGUGUUUUGUUUUCGGUUGUCUUUGACGUUUUCGCACCGGAAUCGUAAUAUUUUUUAUCAAAACAUUGUUAUCAAUGUAUUUCGAAAUCGUAUAGACUUUAUCGUGAUAAAAAUAACUAUGUUUUAUAUUUACGAAAACCAUAUGGAAAUAAUGGUAAAAAUAAUAUAAUCUAAUCUGCCAAAUAAUUUUUUAAACAUGUAUUACUAUGAUUUUAGUCUAAUAAAAUUUACUCUCUGUGGUCCAUCAUUGUAUACAAACGCAUUGUAUACAAGGGGCUUAUUUAGCAGAAUAGAAUGACUUUACUCGUAUCAAAUAUAUGUUUAUCAGUAUUAUUGUAUUGGUAUGGCCUUUGAAAGUAGGUAUAGUAUACGACAGAAAAUUGGAUUUCAAAAUAAAUCACGUACUAGUAAACCUAUCCGUACAAUACGUAUUUACACUUGAAUUCGUUUCUAUAUAGAUUUUCGAUAACCGGCUAGUCUAUACAUAUAUAGCAAGUAAAAUACUUUACGUGUAUUUUGAAUUUAAACGUGAUAUAAACCCUCUGCCUAUAUAUUAUAUUAUAAUGUAUUGUAGGUGUCCUAAAAACCCAAACGUCCAACUGUGUGUAAGUUUAUUAUUGAAAUCCUUAUAAAUUAUAAUAUAUGCAUAUAAAUCAAUUCGAACGAUGCGUUAAUUGAUGCAAUCAACGAGGGAGACGUGUAACGUUCUACCGAAAUCAAACGUUUCACGGUGAUAAUAUUAUAUUAUUAAUCAAAACUAAUCAAAUUGCCGUCCAUGUGUCUGAUUUUUAUACGUAAAACUAAACCUUUGACGUUCGCGUUUACUCAACCAGCAAAAUAUAACAUUUUCCGUUGCGCGCUUCAAUCGGCUGAUUAAAUACUAGCAAUUAUGUAUAAACGUUUUACGAAAUUCGUAUAAAUUCACUAGGUAGGUGUUGCGAUCUGUAGCACGAAUCGGGAAAAAUAAUGUUAGUUCGAUGAACAGUUAAUUUGUUUUUGCUAUUUGUCUCAGUUUUUCGAAUAAAUAUUACAAUAUUGCAUGCGCCAAAGAAAAAUUGUAAAUUUCAAUUUACCCUGUAAACUAUCAGUUUAAUUUGAAAUUCACACUGGUUAACAAUAUUACAUUGUUCAUUGUAUCAAUAUACUAUAUUUUUUUUUGUCGGUAUUUAUUUUGUUAUAGGUACGUAUAAUAUUGUUUAACUGGGUAAUUUAAUUUAAAUUUGCAUGGUUAAAAUUGAAAAUACAAAAUGUUGUCAAUUUUUUAAGUUCUUUGCACGCUGUUAGUUUUGAGUUCAUUUCUCAAAUAGUUUCAGCAAUCAACAAUAAGUGUAAUUUUUUUCAUCGUAUUUUUGGUUUUUCACGGUUUUCUGGAAACGACCAAUCUAUGUACUUAUGUUAAGUAGUAUAAAACUUUUUGGUCGAGUAAAAAUUAAAACAGCAAAAUAUAUCGUGAAUUCCAUUUCAGAAAGUAUUUUCCGAGAAAAAAAUAAAUCAUCGUUUUAAAUAUAUAAAGCUACCUCCAAGAUUAAAAAUAUUAUUAAUUCAUAGCUGUCCCGAGCCCGGCGUUGCCCGUGCCAAUUUGUAUUAUUAUUAUUUCACCCAUAUUCAUUUUUGGUUUUGGUCGUGUUAGAAUUGAAUGAAAAUAAAUAGAUGGAAAGUGGGUAGUCCACAUUCGGCGGACUAAAUGACAAAUGGUAAAUAAUAGUAAUAAUAAUUACUAUAAUAGUUUUCUUUUCCGUGGUAAACCUUGAAUAAAAAAAAAUCGUAUAUAAAUAAAACAAAGUCGGGUCAGUUACACAAUUUAUAACUCAAAAACGACUAAACCGAUUUUGAUGAUCAUGGCAUGAUACUUUCCGACUAAUUCCUGUUAACAAUUAAUCACCAUUAUUUCAUCCCUGUUAUCGGGGUAACACAAAUCAACAAAAAAAAAUUGUAUUUAUUAUAUUAUAAGCUAAAUUAUUUGGUGUUGCUCGUGUAUAUAAUAUAUAUAUAUAUAUAUAUACGAACGAAAAUACUAAAAACACGAAUGAAAAAUGGUGGACGGAGUUGGUGGAAGAGGGUGAAAAAUACUUUACGACCUAUUCUCAGAUUAUCAUCCCUACUGGGUACUAAUACAAAAAAAUUUCAUUUAAAUCGGUGAUGCCGUUUCAAAAGAGUGUGACCCAAAAACAAACACGUGACACGAGCAUUUUAUGUAUAAGAUACAUUAUAGGUAUUUAUUUGAUGUAUUCAAUUUUUUUGUUUUAUUUUUAUUCGACUAUUUACAAUUUAAGUAACAUGAUAAGAGAGAAAAAUAAAUAACUUUUAUUUACCUAAAAAUGAUUUUUUUUUUUUUUUUUUUAUUAUUAUUAUUAUAUACCUACACACUAUAAUAAUAUACAGUCAAAAUUGAAACACUUAAGACGGAUUUCACCAAAAACACACUAAUCGCGAUUUGAUUAAUGGUAAUUUAAUGUAACUAAACAAUUUAAUCAAAAUUAACUUUGUUUGGAUCUUACCAUUAUAUUCCUUGAUUCCACUAACCGCGUUUACAUGAACCAUGAUCAACCUAUUAUUAAUCACGAUUAACAUCUAUAAUAGUAUGGAAUGAUAUCCAUGGCAUAUUCCUGAUUUUAUAUUGGAAUAAUAAUUAUAUAAUUACAAUGUUUUACAUUAAAAUAUUAAAUUUCAUCAAGAAGUUUCUAGUUACCUAGAUAGUCCAAAUGUAUAAAUUAAUAUUUAAUUAGUUAAUCAAUAAAAAUAAAUAUGGAUAAAAAUGUAAAUUGAAUUAUGAAAAAAAUAAAAAAAUGGGAAUCUACUUUUGAAAACACUGAGUUAUUAAGUUACCGAUCACAUCGUGGUAAUCGAGUACAGAACGACAAUGAAAAAUAAUCAAGGGUGUCUAGAUUAUCGAAACCGUGCUUUCUUUUUCUUUUAUCCUUCUCGGAGACGAACGACGAAGUCGUUUUCGUCUCCUUCAAAUGUCAUCUCAAAAGUCCAUGCUAUAUAGCACGUGACAUUUUUAUAUUUUGUUUAAAUUAAUAAAAAUGAACGCGGAAAAAUGAAUAGUGAAUAAUAAAAAUGAAUGAAAUCUAGGUGUCCAUUUUGAUUUGGUAUUUUAUAUCGAGAACAGUUUAAAUCGUGACUAACAGCGCUUAAAUGUGAUUAAAUUCAACAAGCGGUUAAACUAAUUUCAAUCACGGUUAGUAUCGGCCGAUCAUGAUUAUAUCGUUGGUGAAAUAUUGUCCGAAUCUGUGAAUUUACAUUUACAAAAUCCCAUGUUUCCAAAAGCGAAAAAAACUUCAAGUAACCUAUACCUAGUUCCUACAAUCUAGAUAUUAUGCUAUUAUUAUUAUUAUUAUUAUCGUGUUUUGUUCAACGUAAUUCGAAAUAGUCGAAAUAUAUAACACUUUAGUAAACAAUCCAAUAUACUUCAUAACAGUUUAAAAGUAGGUACCUACGAAAAAUAUUAUAUUGUUUGUGUUUAUUGAAAAAUGUAUAAUUCAAAAUUGCUUUACUACGGCGGUCAAGUAUAUUAUUUUCAUUUUUUAUUGAUAUCCCACGGGUCCGUUGUUUUAUCAAACUUUUGUCGUUUUAUUAUAUCACAAGUGACCGUAAAUUCGAAUACUCGAGUUCUAUAAAUUAUAAUAUAGUAUAUUGUUUACAUUCUAUAUUUUUCUUCGAGUUGAAUACCAGCGUAGUAUAAGCGUAGUCGGGGGAGGGGGAUAGAGAGCCAAAAGCCAAAAGUAUUGUAUAGUAGGUAUACCUAAGUAUACUUACACUAUAAUGCAACCCAAGAGCGAAUAUUCGUACGUUUAUUUUAAUAAUUAAAAACGACAAAAACAUAAAAAUUUACAUAAUAAAAUAAAAACGUCAGGUCCAGUAUAAUAAUGAUUUUAAGAAAUGUAAAAUAUAUAGUACCCACUUACAUGAAUUAUUAUAAAUAUUAAUAUCUGGGAUAAUAUUUUUUCUACCAAAUAAUGCAUAUCUUGGAAAUUUCCAUCAAGUAGGUCACAGAGUUGACCACUUAUAGUUAUGAAUUUUUAUUUUUAAGAUAAUUCUUAUAAUAAUUAUUGUGUAGCUAUAAUAUGACGUAUAGACAAUUCAAUUACAUAUUGACAUAUUGAGAUAUUUUAACCUGGAUUCCCUUUAUCUUGGAUUGUUUCCAAUUUGUGUAAUGUUAGUAAUAAAAACAAUUAUUAUAAUUAAGAGGAAGAGUAGUAGUGCAUUAUCAGCACGCCGUACACAAAUGAUGGUCCACUACUCUUCCCUAACCAAAACUUAAAAGUGAAAUAUCUCAUCAACGUGUUGACGGAAAUCAAAAAUAUCAUUAUUGAAUUGUAUUUUAACUAAUAGCAAUUUUAUUUAAAAUAUUGAAUUUCAACAAUUAUGGAAUUUUUAAUAUAGUUAACCAUUUGAAAAUCAAAAGUAAGUAGUAGGUUUUACCCCUAAAAAUAUGGAUGAAAAAUAACAUAAAUGUAGUUUACAUAAAAGUUACUUGUUUCUUUGUUUCUUAAAUGUUCUGUAAACUAAAUUCGGAAAAAAAUUAAUAAUUUCUGAGAUGAUGAGUGUACCCUAUUAAAUGGAUCACCUUGUAUGUUUAUUAAUUACAAUGUCGUAUAUAUUAUUACUAGCUAUCUUACCCGGCGUUGUCCAUGCCGAACAAAUAUGUAAUCCAAACCUUUCCCCUUUAGAUUUCCCGUUUCAAUCCUCGUCACUAUCACUGCAGUUAUCCGUUGUUGUCCUUAAAUGUAUUAUUUUAUAUUCAGCCCAAACUACAGUAGGUUAGAUCUAUUACUUCUUCUGGUCAGGCCGAUGAUUUCAUUAGUUUAAAACUCCCUUCGCGAUACACUCUAUCAUUUAAAAUAACCGCAUAACGUUUAGAUGAGUAGAUUCGGAGAUUACCCAUUACAAAAAAAAAAAUACCAUUUAUAAUUUAUAUAUAUAUAUAUAUUAUUUAUGUAUGAGGUAAAUAUAUAGAUAUAGUAUUCUAUUGUUUGUUUUCUUGAAAAGUUGUAUAACACAAAAAAAUUGAAGGAAAGUUUGACUUCAGUGACGAAGCUCCGCCGCUCACCGGUAUACUUUUUUUGAAAAUAACUGUCUUUAAAAGUCGAAACACUUCAUAACUAUAGAUUGCAGUAAAAUGCCUAGCCCAAUAAUUAAUAUUCAUUUUUUUAUGUUAUUUGUUAUUUUAAAAUGUGAAAAUGAACUGCUACUUGCGCGAAGAAAAAGAAUAUCCGCUUUAUUUUAUGAUAUUUGUACUAUAAUAAUAUAUUCUAUUAUCCGAGUGAUUUAAAACGAUGAUGUUACAUAAUCUUCAGUCUCAUUUUUUAAACCGCUAUACACAGCAAUGAUAAAUCGCAUAAAAAUAAAGUCUAACACGUUAAUCCUUCUCGUUUAUGUGUACCGACAACGACGCGACAUAAUUAUAUAGGUAGGUAUUUAAGAGAACAUUAUUUUUAAUUUAACAUGUCCACCGGUUUUUAAAAUAAAUAUUAUUAUUUUGAAAAAAAAACGGAUAGUCUUGGAAUUACAAUUAUUAUUAUUUUUUUUUUUUUUUUAUUUUAUAACCGGUAACUACAUAUAGAUAAUCAAAAAACGCGAAAUCUUCGGUGUUUGGAAUAUUUUAAAAUCUGGCAGCCUAUUCACAAACCAAUCGAAAGUUGAUAAAUGUUCAAUUGAUUUCAACCGACUUUCGAUUGAUUUUUAUUCGGCUUUAUUAGCGAAAACGCUUUUGAUUGAUUUGAGAAUAGACCAUCCGUUAUAUUUCAGUUGAAAUUUAAAAAAAAAAACCAUUAUCUAUUCGUGUAUACAUAAUAUAUAGCCGAUAAACGCGUUUGCAAUAAAUUCCACAAAGCUUUUAAAGAAUUUUUACAUUUACGAAAAAUUAGUUUUUGGGGAAAAAAAAAUCUUAUACUUAUCGUCUUUACAAAACCUAUAUUAUAUUAUUUAUUAUUAUACGCGAGAAUCCUCGUUCGGAUCAUAAUAAAAAAAAAUAAAGGGAGUUUAUCGGAUUACCGUCUACAAAAUGUAUAAUACAAAUUAAUAUAAGUGCAAUAUUUACCUCCCUAUAAAUACGAUUAGUAUAAAUAUAUAUUUACGAUAUUCUAAAAUACGGGUGGAUUUUAUUCUCUUAAAAAAAUUAUUUAUUACCGUUUUUAAUUCCCAGUGCCUACGGUUUAUUAUAACCGCGAUAUCGGCAAAACGCGCGCUUAUAGAUACCUAAACUUAAUUUCAGUCCGGUUCCUUAUUUUGCUUAUAUCUUUUUGUAUUUGUAUUUUAUUUACUGGUUUCCUUCCGUCGACCGCGGAUAACAAAAACGUAAUAAUAAGAAAAAUAUCCACUGCAGAUUGCUUUUUUCUACAGGAAAGUUCCCUAUAAUCAUUAUUCUUUUGAUAUUACCAUCAAAUACAGAAAUAUUUGGAAAUUUACAAAACAGGCGCCGUACAUUUUUUAUUGACACGCGUAUACUGAGACCACUAUUAGUUAAUUCUCAAUUACCGAAUUGGUUCCCGGGUAGUCUAUAUAGGUAUACAUAUGAAUUGGUUCCAAUAAACUAACACUUAAAUAAUAAAACAGAAUUACAAACCAAUAACAAUUUCGUUCCCAUUUUACACAGACUCAGGACUUCAUAGAAAUCGUAGGUACUUAAGAUAGUUGCAGUCGUUAAAAAAACAUAGGUAUUUAAACCAAAAGCUAGACAAAACUGUAGGGUUUGGGUUUGAAUGAUUUUGAUUUUGAAAACGGAUUUUACUAAAUUAACAAAUUGACUAGAUUUUGUUGACCCGGAAACCAAUAUUCCGUAAGUUGCGUAUAGUAAUCGUGUUAUGUACUUAACAAUGGCCAGGUCAUUUAGCUUACGAUCCGGUUGGAGUUUUUAUUUGGCCCUAACAAUAAACACGGCUAUUCGAAUUCGACGAAAAUCUGCUGAAUAAUAUUAUCGAAAUAUUUUUCGGCAUUCGAAUUGUAACGAUUAUUUGAUUUUGCGUGUAAUAAUAAUCUGUUCACGGAAAAACAAUAAUAAUUGUAAAAAAUAAAAAAAAAAUGAUAAUAAAUAAUUGUCACCUUUAUAAGUGACACUUGAUAGAAAUCGAAUUUCUGUACAAUAGGUAAGUAAUAAUUAUUUUUUAUAUUUAUACGAUACAUAAUGCACAGAGUUCAAAUAUUUUUAUCUAAAUUAGAUUUAUGUCGUGGAUUUUGGCCAUUAAAAAAAAAUCAAAUAUAAAAAUGUUUAAUUAAUAUUUUUUAACGGUUCGCUUAUAAGUAAUGAAAUCAAAAAAAAAUAAUAAUUUAUACUUAUACUGACAAAAAAAAAUACUCCUUAAAUAUCUCAUUUUAGUUUCACAAAACUAAUUUAUAUUAAUUCAUUUUUUUUUUUUUUUUUUUCAUAUUCAUUACGACAAGUAUUAAAAAUAUGUUUUUGCCGUUUUAUAAUGUAUAUAAAACAGCGUGUUGUCGAUUCUUUAAAUCGCCCCCUUAAGUGCGCAUUAUUCGCGUUCGACCAACUUUUAAUUUUUUUUUUCUUUUCGUUUAUUAUACUACGACGACGAUUAUAUAGGUACAAUAAGUACGCCAAAUAACAAAAAAAAGAAUAACAUUAUACAAUGAAUAAAAGGACAUAUUCCCACCGUUUUAUGUGGAAAGUUGGAAUUGUAGUAUAUAGUUUGGGCAAUUUAUUUUAGAUAAUAUCCUAUAAGCAACGAUAAAUCUUUCCAAACGAAAAACAAUUCUGAGCGAAUUCGGUUAAACGUAUUUUGAUUAACUUAAAUUGAAAAUUGUAUUCAUUUACAACUACAAAAUAAAUAAAAAUAAUCGUCCUUGUCUUUGCGUCUAAAAUUAAUAAGCAUUUCUAAUAUGAAACAAAAAACUAAAGGUAAAUAGUAUAGGUACACUAAAUACACAGGUACUUACGAUUUUUAUCAAUAUGUAAACUUUAAACGCUUAUAAAAAAAAAUGCGGAUGAUAUCUCCAUAGUAACUCAAAAACAAAUUAUAUGAUCAAUCUAAUAUCAAAUUUUUGAGCAUUUUUUAUAAGCCAAGUAAAAUCAAAAAUCGCAGAAAUUUUUAAGCAGGUAAAAAUAAUUCAAAAACAUCAGAAAGUUUUAAAAUGCUUAUCAAGUUUAUAAAUCGUUAAAGUCUGCGAAUAUUUUUAUUAUGAUGAACUACAAAACAAAAUCAAAACUAACAAAUGAAAAUUCCAUACUACUGUUGAUGUUUUCCGUUACAUUAAAAAAAUUAGAUGAAAAUUUAAUAAAAAAAAAUACUUACCUAAUAACUAAAUCAAUUUGCUACAAGAAACUACAGUUUAGAUCUAAGCAAGUUUUCUAAUCAAACAAUUUUUUCAAACAAAAAAUAAGCGCACACCAUAAAACCAAUUAUACGUUCAUCGCUACCUCCAGAAUCCAAUUUUUAAUGUAUAAUCACUUUCGGAUUUUGGACUUUUGGUAGACACAGUUUUUUAAAUUUCAAAUCUACUAUUGCUGUAUUUAGUUGUUUACGUUAGGCUUAUAAUCACACCGUCACGUAAACUAAAGUUUAAAUACUACCGCAACAAAACGCAUAGAUAACUGCAAAUUUCCCGAAACUUGUGUCCGUGUGUCAGACUAUGUAUUUGUGUCUGGUGCUUAGAGUUUUCGUUAGUAGGUAAUCGAGUGUAUUUACCUCCAUCACGGACAGUUUUAAUCACAAUUAAAUGUACCGGAUAUAACUGCAGGAUUUAAAACAAUACGAACCAACUAAAGUUACACUAUACCUUGGCUUACAUACAUAGGUAUUAUAUUUAGCUAACAAACACUGCCCAAUUGAAGUUAAUACCAUAACAUAACGGCUUACGUCAUUUUUUUUAUUUUUUUAUUUUUUUUUUUGUUCUGAGUAAAGUUAGUUUUUUUACUGUCUAUAAACAAAUUUUCGACCAGAAUAUUUGUUCCGAUCGAAUACUUUAUAAUAACAUUUUUGUAGAACUUCAGAUCUAUAGUUGAUGACAUAAUUAAAUACAUUUUUUAAAUUUCCUUCAUUUCUCCCGAUAAUGAAGGAAAAUCGAAAAGAAAACCUCCGGAAAAACGGGAAUAUUUACGCAACAUUACUAGUUUUUGUCAAUAUCGUUUGAGUUUUUUUGCAUAAUUCAAAACGAAAAUACUACAAAGAUACCUAACAUUUUUUUAAAACAAUUUCAAUUUUUAGACAUAUUUGUGGUUUUGUGAUGAAUACAGUUUAUUGUUUUGGCAUCGUAUGAACGCUUAAAUAUUUAGUAAAUUUUUCAUCAUAUUGAAUUUAAAAUAACAGCGUAUAGAUUAACAGUCCAAACUAAGAUUUCGAAAAGAGAACUGAUAGCACUUUUUUCUAAAAGAGAACCAGACUGGGGAGGUACUUUAAGGAAGUAAAUUUUUGAUUUUCCUAGAAGGAAAACCGGGAAAAAACAUGGGAAAACAUAGGAAAAACGGGAAAAUAGGUAUAAUAUUGAACAAAUAUUAUUAAAGAAAAUACAUAAUGCCUAUUUAAUUAUUUUACCAUAAUAUGACAUAUAUAUUGUUGACAAAGUAUCACUAUCAACUGAACUGCAUUCAGAACCUUUUUUUUGUUAGCAACGAUUUAUCGUUGCUUACAGAUAUUCAUUAAAUUCCCUUCUAUAUCCUACCUUCUCAACUUUCCACCUACAACAGUAGCUGAACCCGUCCCCAUUAUCCUAGGAAAGCUUUUUUUUGUGUGUGUCUUUAAACAAUUUUUCUACCAGGAACUUUUUGUAGAAUUUUUGGCUUGUUGGUGCAUUAAGAAUAUCUUUUCUUUUAUUUUCUUUCUAGUUUUCUCAAUAAAUGUGAAAAACUGACAACUGCUAGUGAAAUGUUUUUUUAUUUCUUGGUUACAUUGGCAACAAGAGAAAAAUAAAACUAAAAACACUGUUCAGAAUCAGUUUUCGUUAACAAUAGUUUAUCGUGAUUUAAAUUAAAUAACUCAACUCAAUGUAUCCUUUCCGCCAACUUUUUCCUAAAACGUAAUACGCCUAUCAGCAAAAUCAGCAUUUUUUUUUUUUUUUAGUUGCAGCUCUGACGACGUAGUACUGCAUGAAGAUGCAAUGUAUAUAAUUAAACCUCUCGAAUAGUUUGUGUCUUGUUCCUCCCUGCAGUUAGUUAAUUAUACAUAAUAUCUAGUAAAUGUUCUCGUUGUCGGCGUGGGCCGUAACAAGAAAAAGAAAUCGUUUGGAAAAUGUUACGACCCCAAUAAAACCGUCUUGCUAGACGGCAGUGUUGUUAUAAUAUAGUUAACGUAUGCGUACACGAUUUGAACGAAUCACGCGUUUCGGGGCGAAGCGGAUUCAUUUAUUUGAUUGGAAAAAUAAUACGGCUUUAUCGAAUAAUAAAUUGAAUGUGUCCGUAUAAAUAUAAAAAAAAAAAAAAUGCAAUAAAUCGCAAACAAUAAUAAUAAUAAUAAUAAUACUAAUAGAUCAUUCGACACAGAAUUGUCAAACAAUCGUAUAAUAAAAAGUAAAAAAAUAACGAUAUUAUACGGUAACUCGUAUCUGUAGAACGUUCCCGCGACACGUAAACUAAAUACAUUAGGUAGGUACCUAUCUAAUUCAGCGCAGAUGGCCGAACAUUUUCGAUGAAAACUGCGUAGUAAACUUCGUUGCCCGUAAUAAUGACAUAAAAUAAAAACAAUAGGUACCUAUACGAAUAAACAAAUAACUAAAAAAACGCAUUAUGUUCAACUUUAUAAAGAACAUAUCGCGAUGCUAUUAAAAAAAGGAGCUGACAUUGGUGAUGGGUACGCCAAUGUUGUAGGUGGGAAGUUAAGAAGGUAUUGGAUACCCAAAUUUAAUACAUUUUUAUAUGAACGCAACAAUAUAUCAUUACCAGCGAAUUAUAAUUCUGAAUAAACAUGUUUUCUACACCUUGUUUUUGAAAGCUGUGAUUUCCAUGAUUUAAAUGAAAGUUUGAACUUAAAAGGUCCAAAAAAAUAACGCUUGCAAAGAAAAAAAAUUACUACAUUAAGCUCAACUUCUUUUUUUUAUACCAUAAAAUACAACUUGUAUGGUGAACCUCCUGUAUAAAUUUUUCUUCGCCAAAACAAUUUUUCUCAGAUAAAACCUAAAAACUUGAAAAUAUCAAUUACUUAUAAUUAUAUAAAUAACUAAAAAAAUGUCAAGAGUAUGUGAACAUUUGAACACGUCUAGAAUAUAAGUAUUUGAAUAAUAUUAUUUUUGCUUUAAAAAAAUGUUUAUUUUUCUUUUGUUCAAUCGUCAUCACAACUAUUGGUACUUAUUUAUUCUCAGAAUUCUUAUAGUCAAAACUCAUUUUAUAUGUUUCCUAAUAUACAGGUUGUAAUGUUUUUUUUAAUCCUACGUUGUUGUUAAUUAAUCGAAAAAAAAUAUAUAAUUUUAAGUUUUCAUUUUAAACUGUUAAAUAAUAAAAUAGUUAUUAACAUUUGAUAUCCGUUCCAGGAAGAACUAAAUUUUUAAAAUCAAAUCAAAAUUUAUCAAAAAUAUAGUUGAUUUGUCUUCGAAAAUAUACGCUCCAACUAAAAUUUUAUGCUUCGGCGUCCUCUAUAAAUAUUUUAAUGUAUAUUUCAAAUGCUACUGGUAUUAAUAUUAAUUUAUUUUUUCGCAAUAUUCACACUCAUAUAAAUCAACUUUAAAUAACUUAAAAAUUGGUUUGCAGAUGUUUUUUAUCUUUUUAACUUUACAGUUGAGAGAGGGAGAGUGAUAACGUUAUUUUAUCUUUAUCUCAGAUAAACCAUUAGUCAUUAUAAUGACAGAAAUAUAUAGUACGUGAUCAUUAUUUACCUUUUAUUUAUAUACGAAAUAUCGGUUAUAAUUCCCAACACUGAAUUUGUGGUUUUCGUAAUUUGUAAUAUUUACCAACUACUGACAAUUCAUAUAUUAUUAAAUUGUUAUGAUUUUAAAAAAAUUAAUAUGAUUCCGUAAUGUAAAAUGAAAUAAAAAUAAAUAAAUGUCCAAUUGGCUAGAAUACAAACAACUAUAAAAAGAAACGUCUUCGUCAAAACGCAGACCAUGAAAACUGUUGGAAAUUAUUUCACUUCACCGGUAUAUAAUUUUAGCUAGUAUAGUUAUUAAAAAUUUGUAUUACAUGUUAAUUUUUCGGUAUAGGUAUAUUGUAUUAAAUUAUUAUACUUUUACCUGUGCGUUUUAUAGUUUUAUAGGUAUAGGUACAAACUGGCCGGGAAUUAUUAACAUAAGUACCUACGUUGAAAUUAUCAUAUUAUCGGAUAUAUUAAUCUCAUAAAAUAAUAUGACCUAUUUCCCUUCGUAAUUAAACUUGCAAAUAUUAUGUAUAACAGUUAAAUAUAAACGCACGUGGGCUUUUAAAAAAAUAUUAAAAUACUCGAAGCUCGAUAUGAUUGCCAUAGUAUACAUUUUUUCAGAUUACUAUAUUCGUAUAAUAUAUAUAUAUAAAAGACUCCGUAUCGUGUCCAUCCCGGUGAUUUUUCUCUGUGGUUAAUGGUUAAUAUCAAUAUUGAUCAAUGGCGUAUUUAGAGGGCGCGAGGAGUCUGGAAAUCCCUUUAUCAGUAUGUAACGGACAUGAUAACACCCACACGUAAUAUAUAUAAUUAGCUAGGGCAUAUAUUUAUAUGCAUUUACAUGUUGUUAUUAGUCGGUUAAAAAUAUAGCAAUCUUUCAAAAUUGCAUGACCCUAAUGAUUACCCAUAUACCCAUACGAAAACGAUGUACAAAAUUGUAUUAUACAUAUGUUUGAUUUUUUAUUUUUUUUAUUUUUAGGGCAUAUUUACGAUUUUGUCCAUUUUUUUCGUCCAUAUUAAGAAUUCAGUACAUUUUAAAAAUAUUUUCAAUAUUUUUUCUUCUUCUUAAGACAUUUAUUAAGGACAUUUGAAACAUUUGACAUUGGUGCAUAUAUGCAUAUAUAUUUAAAGGUUUGUAGGGCAUAUAAAUAUCUGGCAUACAGCUUAUGUACCACAAUGUAUGAUUUUUAUUUGUUUUAUCUAAGGGAACCUAACCUUACCUUUAAACAUUUCUGGCUACACCACUGAUAUCAGUGGUGUAGCCAGUUUAUUUUUCGUAUAAAGUAAAAAAAGUUUUAUAAACUGGGAAAAAAUUGAAGAAAACCUUGUUGUGCAUUAUAAACUUAUUUGAUUUUCUAUUAGUUUUUUGACUGACGUGAACUCAUCUUUCAUUGAGUGCGGCUUGCCUGUUGAUUUUUUAAGCUCUAUACACUGAAUACAUAAUUACGUUAGUUUAAUAUGCGUACAAUUAAAACGAAUAUUGACAAUACCUUUCGAAGUAUAUAUUAUAAUAACGAGAGAGUUUGACAGGUUAUUGAGUAUAAAACUACUUAGAAAAAAUAGGGCAUUACAAUUAAAAAAAAAAACACAUUAAAUCAGCCAUUAGUUCUUUUUUAGUUCGAGCGCCGUCGAAGGAGUGUAUCACAGAAUACAUCAAAGUAUGCGGUUUUUUGGUACAAAGAUGGCAAAAAAUUUACUUUUUCUCAGAUAGUUCUACAAAAUGUAUUUUCAGUUUCAAAUAAAUAUUUUAAAUAAGCCACUGAAUUUUAGUACUAUUAGAACUUAGUAACUACACGAGUGUCGAAAUAAUUGUAGAGUACAUAGACAAGAACAUCACUAUAGCAUAUUAUUAUUAUGACUUCUGGACAGAGGGUUUAACGGCUCUCUUCGUGUCGUUUAUGUGUACACUGCACUCUGCUAAUUGUAAAGGUUUUAACGGGUCAAAGAGAUAAUCGUAUUAUGAACUAAACGUAUUAUUUUGUUGCUUAUGCUUAUUAAAAUAUAGCAAAGGUAUCCAUACGAAUAUCGCUGUUUCAACUAACGAUCCGUGCGAUCCGCACUUUUUAACAUUCUCGUUCGUAUAAUAAUGUAAAAAGAUUAAGCUCGUGGAUUUCCUUUUAUAAUUUUUUUUCCCCUACUAAAAUGUAUCCCACACAUUUUGGACUUAUUUUUUUUUUAACGAAAAUGCGUUUUUUCUUGUUUUUUUUUACUUCUUAAAAUCAUAUAAUAUAAAAAUAACGACGUUAAAUUGUCACUAUAUACCAUACCAGUCGGAUAACAUAAUGGAAAAAAAAUAUAAUAAAAACGAGCGGUGUAAUUUUUAAUAGUAAGUGCUUUACAGAUUUCUAUACUAUUAUAAUUUUUUAUUUACUUUUUCUAGUAUGUCUGUAUGUAUAACAACAAUAACUUUAAAAAGUUAAGGCAUCCCCAUGGUAAAAUAAUUGUAGACUACAAGUAUAAACAUUUGAACAAAAAUAAAAACUUUUUAAACUAUUAUUUAAUUAUAUUCCAUAAUAUUAUAUAAAACUACCGAAACUAUGGGCAAAACCCAAAUACAUUUAAGGUAUUACUAAACUGACAAAACUAUAUAAUCGUAAUUUAAAAUACACACAGUCGGGUUGAAGUUAAAAAGGUUCAGAAGCAUUGACUCAAAUAUGAGUGACUGGGGAGAUCUAAUCUCCCAAAUCAAUUUUUUACCUAAUAUACAGUACUAGAUGAUAUACUAUAAUCAAUAUUAUGAGACACUAGAUACCCUAGAAAAAAAAAAUAUAUUUCAAUUUGUGCCUAUGUCCAGAAGGCAUUUUCGAUUAUGGGAAUUUUACUCAAUUUUAUCAUAUGCUGUAAAUUAUUUUAUGAUUAAAAUUUUAUGAGUGAGAAUUCAUUUUACGAGUUUUUCACAGUGUUCAUACAUUUUCUUUAUCAAUUUUUGUAUAUUUCUCGAACAUAUAAAUCGUAUAUAUGUCUUGUAAACAUGAACGUAACAUUAUUUAGUGUUUUUGGUUUUUUGUUGUUCCUUUAUACGAUGAAAACAAGAAAAGCAUGAAAGCAAUUGUCAAAUGCGAUUACAGUCUAUUGCAUAAUUAUAGGUACUUUCCUCUGAAUUUUAAAAAAUUGUUAAAAAUCACAAAUUUCAUGAAAUUAAAAGUUGAAACGUCAGAAUUUUCAGAAUAAUAAACUCUAUAAAAUGGAUUUCUUCAAAUUUAUCAAAAAUAAUAAAAUAAAUGUUAUUUUUUUUACCAAAACAAAACUUAAAUUAAAUAUAAAUAUUUGUAAUCCUUAUCUCUAAAAGUAAUAUAAAAAAGCUGUAUAAGGAUAAUGAAGACGGGUGCCGCCACUGUUCAAAAUAAUGUAAUUUAAAUCUGUAUUACCAUUGAUCAACGAUUAUAUCAACGAUUAAUCAUUGCUAACGAAAAAGACGAUUCUGAGCGGAGUUCAUUUGAUAUUUUUGCUUUUUCAACAAUAUAUAUCAUAUUAUGGUAAAAUAAUUACGUAUGUAUUUAAAAUUUUUUUUAGUAAUAUUUGUUUAAUAAUUUACCUAAAUCGGUACAUUUGAUCGUCUCGACUAAACUUAAAAAUUCAAUGUUUUUUAAAAAAAUCGAUAACGUCCAGCCUAAAUCGGAUCAGGUCAUACUAGCCAACUCUUGGUUGAUUAUAACACCUAGUAUUGUACACGAAUGCCAAAUUAAAACGAUUUAACUAUUGACACGCAUUUUAAAAGAGAAUUAAACUAACACGCAUUAAAAUAUAAAACUGAAGCAGUGAAGCUUAAAAAACGAAACACUAAACAGCUAUGAGAAAACGUGAAAUAGAGUUAUUUAAAAGAUUUAAAACAAUAUGCAAUCUGAAAAAUAAAUUAUCAAAAUGAAACGAAUUGAAAAAUAAUAAUUAUGAAUUAAAAUUAUUUGAAGAGAGUGCAGAUAUAUACAAUAUGCGUAUAUUAUCUGAAUACAUAUAGAGACCCGAUCAUCUGAGUAUUGAUAAGAUACCUAAUCAUAUUUUUAAUAAUUUGCUGCGCUAGGAUUGAGACGUAAAUAGUUUAAAAAAAAAAAAACCACGUCUUAUUAUUAAAUUACAAUUUCGUACAAUUAAAUAUACUUGUUUGAUAACCGAAAUAUAUAAUUAUAGGUAAAUAAUUUUUUGUGAUUUUCUGUUGGUGCAACAAAAUAAUUUUGCACUGUAAAUGUGAAAUGUACACUGGGCGUUCACUCAGGAUAAGCAUGGGUAUGGUCACAUAUAAUCUACGGUUUUGUGAAGGUAUCUUAAUUGUUUAUCUGAUAAUUCCACCUAAAAGACAUUAUUCUUAAAGAUAUUUCGACGAUAACAAAAACAUAAAAAAAAAAAUAUUAUGAUUCUCUUAUAUUAUUAAACUGUAGAUGCAUUAAUAUACAAGACUUGAAUCUGUAAUAAACAUACUGAAACAUAAAUUUAAAAUAUACAUAUAAUAUUUAAAGUACUUUAAAAAGUAUUAUGAAUUAUUUUUGAAAAAUGUUGUACAAAAAAAAUGAUGACUCUCAUAAUGACUCUCCAAAUAUGAGAAAACGUGGUUUUUUCUAUGCGCAUAGUAGGGAAACGUUUCGCCAGCACUAGCAUUUUCAAAUUCAAAAUACAUACUUAAAUUGUUAUAAAUUGAAGCUUUUUUGGUAUUUUUACAUUGGCUGUUUGUAAUCAAUUUAACAACAAGUUUAACUCAAACUACAAUAUAUAAGUACGUCAUAAUGUAAUAUUCCAUGGUAAACCUAUGUGAUUUUUUUAUUUUUAGUUAGGUAACUAUCUAUAUUUUUGUGAGGGGACCCUUGGGUCUUUAUUAUUAAUAUGAGACCAUGUGCUUCUAUUGUUACCAGGAGCCCAAUUUUUAUUCUAGCUCUAGAGUUUGCACACACUUAUGGUUAUCCCAAAAAAUGUAUAUCAUAAAUGAAGGGAGUUAAAUUACACCGUUUUACAAUUAGUAUAAUAUAAUAACUCUCCUCGGUCUCGGUUCUAACGUAAUAUUAUUUUAUAUAGACCGACACAUUUCAUCCACCUGUAGAUUAUUCUUAAAUAAUUCCUUCUUACGGCAUACUAACCUCAAAAUUUGGUUAAUUGUAUAUUUAUGUUAUGUUUACGCAGAUAUUAUAAUAUAACAUAUUAAUUUAAUUUUCUGUCUAAUUAACAUAAACAUAAAUCAACUUUACUUUAUAUCUACCUGUAGCAGGGGUACUUAUGUUUUGAUAUUAAUGCAUCGUGCAUUUGUCGAAUGGAAACAACAUAGUAUAAUAAUAAUGGUACUAUCAUUUUACUUUUCAAAAUACAUUUCACGUUUUAUGAGCGUGCGUUCCAUUUUUUUUUGUUUUUAUUUUUUUUUUUUUUUUUUUAAUACACUCGUCUCAAAAAUACAUUAUGUUUACUGUCAAACUAUACGAGUGAACUUAUAAUACCUAUACUAACCACGCAGUAUACUUAUAUCAUUAGUCACAAUUUAAAUCUCCGAGUCGGGUUGGGUGCAAUACUUCAUUUCCUCAUAAAUCAAAUUACAUCGUGUGCCCGCAAUACCGAAAUUGAAUAUCGAUAAAAAAAAAAUCGACAGAUACAUUUUCAUACAGAAUAUACUCGUGUGAUACGCGCGAUAAACGUACACAAACUAAAUAUAUUUAUAUAUAAAGCUAGACAUAUUUUGCACCGUGGGUAGACCACUGUUGUAAGUUCGGAAAGUAUGGUACAUAUAUAUUAUAAGGUAAUUUAGUUAAUAUAUUGAAUGAAACGAUAAAUCAUUGUAUAUCAAAAACGUUUAUGAGUGGAGUAGUAGUAUGAGUAGAAUAUCUCCUUUAUUGCCAAUGACAGUGGUGUAAUUUGGUCACGCAAGGUAUAUUUGCGUAUUUAAAAUUCAAUAUUAAAGUAACUAAGUCCGGUGUUAUAAAUUGUUUGACCUGAUUACUGGUAUACAUAAUUUAUGUAUUUAAAUUAAAAUUUUCUUUUUCUUAUGAAUUAAAAUCAAAAACAAUAUUAAGGAUAUUACGUAGAUAUUGUCCAUGAUUAUCAAGUUCUUUAUAAUCGUGAUGAUUCGUAAAUGAAACUUUAUUAGUUAUUAGUUAUUAUUUAAUGUUUUGUUACAUGGAAAAUAUGUGGAUUAUUUUAUAUUUACAGUGUUGAAAAUUCUGGACAAGGUCCGUGGCCUAUUUAAUAAAUAACUAGCUCCAUAUUAAAAAAAAAAUUGUAAUGACGCCACUGGCCAUCUUGUGUAGCCCAGAAGCCAAUAAAAAUCAAGAUAACUAAACGAUAGAUCCAUUGGGAAUAAACUGUUAAAAAUGUUCACAUAUUAUUUCAAAUAAAUUAUCACUGGUCCGAAAUUUCUCAUAUUUUUAGAUACCUAGUACGUACUUCAUAAAACGGACGAAUAAUUUUUACUAAUCGAAAAUGUAUAACAACAAAAAAAAAAAAAAAGGGCAAUUUGUUUAGAAAAUGUUGAACAUUUCAAAUUUUUUUUUAAAUAAUGUACCCAGACGAAAAAUUCGCAUCUUUAGAGGUACCUAUGGCAUGCAAAUUUCAGAAAAAAUGUUGUUACUUUUUACUGCAAUUAAAAAAUCCGAUUUCGUGUUAAUAAUUUCGAGGCCAUAAAAAAAUAUGAUUAUUAUUAGUAUCACAACGAUUGCAUGGUAUUGUAUUGUAUCGUGGUAGGUACAAUAGCAAUAUACCGAUACAUAAUAAUAAUAUUACAUUUGGGUAGGUAACAUUUUUUUUAAUUUUUUUUUUUUUACACGAUACGUAUAUAAAUGAUAAUAAUUGCGGUACGAAAAAGAGAAAAAACAUUACGAGCGCGUUUUGAUCUUUUUUGAAGUGUAUGCUAUAUAUGUAAUAUACAUCAUACAUCUAGUUGUAUACCUAUGUGAAAAUCGUAAUAAUAUAAAACGGAUUGCAGUGUUGUGCGGAUACCUCGUUUUGCUUCUCGUUUUCCGCGUCAUAUCACAUAUUACAGCGUGUUAUAAUAACCAGUCCGAACUAUACGACGUAAUAUUGAUACAAAACGCCCGUAAACAUGACAUGCACCCCUCGUAUAAUGAUAGCAAUAGUAUUAUUAUUAGCACUGAGGUAAUAAUUAAUUUACGACCGUAUACGAGGUUUCUGGUAUAUUCUAUAAAAUCUUCAGCGUACAAACAGUCAAUAUUUUGAAAAUAAUACGAGAAAAGGGUGAUCAUUUUAUACACGGAGAAACCAUAAUAUAUACUAUUAUAAGAAAUCAUAAAACACUGUACUGGUAUCGUUCUUUUUUGUCAUCAUCUUUCAAGGCUAUUUAGGCCCAUUGCUUCAAAACAAUAUAUUCCUUCCAUUUUUCUCUCUUGAGCUAAUUCACUAAAGACGUCUAAAAACAACUAUACCUAGUGGUUCUAAUUCUUUUUUGAAAUUAUCUAUGUAUCACUACUAUGUUGGCCUUUCUAUCGAUCUUUUCCCCAGAGUUGACCACUUUAGUACAUUAUUUUUUAUUGAUUUUGCGAUUAUUAUGUGACCAAGCAUAACUCAAUCAUUCGUGUCAAAUCGAAUUUCAACUAUUAUAUCUAAUUUUCCGAAAAUUUCCUAAACUUCAAUGUUUGGUCUGAUUUCAUUUUAUCGAGUUUUAUCUUUUUUUUUUGUCCAUAAAAAUUGUUAUUUGUCGAUUUUAUGCUUCAACUACUUUACCAAAAACUGGCCAAUACUAUAUUUAAAACGAAAUGCAUUUUACUAUUUUAAAAGAUGGCAUAUUAGCAUGAUUUGUAAUAAACCAAGUUAGUAUAUUAAUUGUAUUAAUAAGAAAAUUUUAGAUGAGGUCUCGCUCAUCACUAACUUCAUCUGGUCAAGUCAUCCGUAUCGACAUAGCACUCAGCGAAUAAUUUUUAAUUAGUUAACAGCGAUAAUGACGCGUAAGGUUUACGCAUAUUUUCCAAAGACUACCGAAAAACCCUGAUAGCCCCAACUCGCACUAUAGUUACGGAUGUAUUUUCAUCUGACAAACGUCGUGGAAAGUCGUUUUGUCGUGUGUAACUUUUCCCCCAAAAACGAGUACGGAUACUAGGCAGCUAUACCUACCCGUUCAUCAUUGUUGUGAAUAAUCAGAUCGUACCCGACGAAGGCUUAAUCCAACAGCUCUAAUAAAUUUAAAAUUAAUUUCAAACAUACAUUUGACCUAUUCAUGAAAUAGUUUGUAUUAACCAAAUUGCACAAAAGGAGGUGGAAAGUACCCCUCGGACUACAGACUUAAUUAUAAGCAACUCAAUUUAUAAAAUAGAAAACAUGAUUUAUGUUUCAUUUAAAACAACAACAAUAAUAAUGAUACAAAAAUUAACUAAUUAAAAAAUGUAAAAAUAUAUUGUCUGGAUUGUCGUCGGGAGUAAGUACAUAAUUAUGCGUUCGAGACAAGUUCUUCACAUAUUCUUGUCCCAAACACUAUUUUUGCAUUCUGUAAUUCCGUUAAUAUGAAGAUUUGUUCAACAAAAAGUCUUUAUUUAAAAUCUGCAUUUAUAGAAAUCAAAAAUUUUCCCAUUCGAAUCGGGCGAUUCCGUUCGUUUUAUUCAUUUAAAUAACUAUUAUGUUUACUAUUAUUAUUAUUAUUAUUAUUAUUAUUAAAUCUUAAUUUAAAAUACUAGAAAAUUCAAAAUUGAUGUAAUAUCACGCAAAACAUCACCUCUCGGAGAGAAAAAAUAUUACGAUGUUUUAAAAAACACAAGAGUGUAAUAUAAUAUAGAUCGCGUGUCUCCGUUAGCAUCAAAAACUUCAAACUACAACAACUAAUAUCGAAUGUAUUAUAUAUUGUUGAUUGUAUAAUAUUCAUAUUCACUAAAACAAAGAAAUAUAUUCAUUGUCGGUCAACGGUUUUGUGAAAUACAUUUUUAAUGAUAAGUCGGUCGGUUGCUGUCGUUAAAAAUCGGUCUACUUAUAAUUUACAUUAUAGCUAGUCUCGAACUAAUAUAAUGAAAAAAUAUAUUUGUAUACUCAAAUAUAUGGAGAUGUACGCGUUAAUGAUAAAAUGCAAAAAGAAAUGCAUUAAUGGUUUUUUGUUUUUUAAAACACCGUCGGUAUAACUGUAUAAUACAUCAUUAACACAAAUAUGCCAGCUAAUCGUUUUAAAUGAUUGCAGCCUUGUUUAACAAAAAAAAAAAAUUAAAAAAAAAGGGGAGAUUUCUGAAAUAAUUGUUAUUUUUUCGUUAUAAAAAAUUCCAGAGAUUACGAACUGAAUACGUUUUGUAGUGAUUCUGUUAAUUAACAUUUUUGUAUGCACGGCCAAUGUUUGAUUAAAAAUAAAAACGAAAAAUUCUAAAGCCUACAAGUGUUUUUUUUGGCGUUUUGGUGCGUUUCAUCAUUAAAAACCCUUUAGAAAUAAAUCAAAACACCAACCUGAAUUAAAUAAACGUUUACCAUCAAAAUAUACUUUAUUACGAAACUUACAUUGUAUUCUAUUUAAAUUUACUUUUAUAAAAUAAAAACGUUCAAGAUGUUCAAAAACAUAAUAAGAAUUUUUACAUAAUAUAUGUUACAUCAAUAUGAGUAAAUUAUACUUUUCCCGGAUAAUGUAGUCUUACCCAAUGGAAACCGUAAAUAAAAACAAUUUAUUUUAACAUGAAAUGUGAAAUGUCUGAAUAUAGAAUAUGGUUAACAGUUUAUCCAUAGGUUUUUUAUGUAUCCUUCCUUCCCAACUACCAACCUAAAACAGUGGUCGCACCUAACCCCAGAAUCAGUUCUUUUUUUAUUAUUAUUUUUGAACCAUUAUAUUUUUUAAAGAAAAAGAAAUUUAAAUUAUUAAUAAUUUUGCCUUGUUACAUUAAAUUCACACGAAUCACAUUUAAAUACAUUUUUCUUAAAAAUGACCACCCAAUAGACUAACUAAACAAAAUGUGCUUCCGGAUUAGAUGCUACAUUUUAAAUUUGAAACAAGAUUUCUGGUAGAAAAUGUAAAUUUGUCAUUUUGCCCAAUUUUCCCGGUAUUUCUCAAUUGUUUUGAAAAUUACAAGGAAUGUUUAAAAAAAGAUCUCCCGAAUGCACCAAUUAAAUUCAAUAUUUCACAAAAAAGCUCGCUUAUCAUUUUUUGAUCAGAGCAUGAUUUCUGGUAGAAAAGUUGGUAACAGAUAGAAAAAAAAACAUACGUGGCACGGGUAGAUGAGGCAAAUCAAUACAUCUAAUAAAUCUAUAUAUCUCAAUUUUGAAGUGGAAGUGAAAAUCAAAUCCAUGAGAGGGGUGAUAGGGUUCAACCUAGAUUCGCCAUUCGUCCCGGUUCGACCGGGACAGUCCCGGUGUUAUGGUCAUAUCUCGGUGUCCCGGCCGGUUAUUCAGUUUUUCUCGGUUAAUAUAGAGGCUGAGAAUAAACUUAUGAAUAUCACUUGAUCGGGUAAAAGAGGUGUGAAGAAUGAAAAAACAGUACGAGAUGGUGGUCUGUAAAAUGAAUUUUGUAACAAAUUUUACAAAAAAUUUAGGUAUGAUACAACUCUAUUGAAGAAAAUGGAUUCAAAUGAAAAGUAUAAUAAUAAAAAUAGACAAUAAGUAAUGACAGUUGAUGUAUAAAAAAAAUAAAAAUUUUCAAAAAAGGUUUUGAAAAAUGACCCGGUUUGGAGAUUUGAAAACCCGGGAGCCAUAGUUCAACCCCUUCCAUCACAUCGUUGUUUAGAAAUUUAUCACUCGGUAUUACACAAUUAUAUCAAGUUCGGAAAAAUUCAGAGGUUUUAAUUGAAAAAUUGCCAAUAACCCCGUCCCCUUAUUGAACAUUUCUUAUCACGUUCCUGUCCAAAUCCUUCCUUGGUUCAACAGCUUAUGCGUAAUAUAGGUAUAUUUCUUAUUUAGAACACUGAAUAUUUAGAUACCAAAAUAUUCAGAUGUGUAAUUAUAACAGAACAAAUUCUGGUGCUAUUUAUUUAUUUAUUCGAGUAAACGCUGGGUAGGCUCAAGUACAAAAGGUGUAUUAUUUUAUGAAUUAAUAAUAUGGUACAAUACAAUGCAGACAAACUGCAUGACAGUUACGGAAUUAUAGCAACGGAAACCCCAAGAGGAGAAUGGUGAUCCGCGGAUAUCGUCGUUCACAGAUAUCUGCCGCUGGAACAGACCUAGUUCUACCGAACUUUAACUCGUGUGUAUUAUAACGUUCGAGGCAAUAAUAAUAAUUCGAUUCCGAGCGCGCGUUCCCGGUUCGCGCUCGACUGCACAGCCGUAUAAAUUAUAAUAACGCGUAACAUACGCCUGUUAACACGACUGUGCGUGUAUUAUGAUUGUUGUUAUACGCGACGACGACGAAACCCUCGGCGAUUAUACGAACGCACCUAUAACACUCGUAUAUUAUUAUUAUAAUAAUCGUGUACAAAUAAGUUUCGCCCGGCGACGAUGACGGGCCCGGCCGGGGUAUAAUAAAGUAAACCCGUGCAAAAAGUUCGUCUGUCGUGUCGCCGUGACUGCGCUGCGCGGGAUUUAUAAUGGAAAAACUUGAGCCGGUUCGCGCUAGGCAACACAUAAUAUUUAUAUACUAUAUUAUCGGGGGAGUGGGGGAGGGUACGUAUUAUACAUAUUAUGCAUGUAUUUUCGCGUGUGUGUAGGAGGUGUUAUAUAAUAAUAUAUCCGUACACGGGUAAUGACAACGAUAAUAAUCAUAAUAAUAUAUACGAAAACGCGUCCGCGAGAGCUGCUGCGCGGCAGCACUGCAAGUCGCAUUAUUAAACGAUCGCGACGGUUCGAUAGCUGCUGCUGCAGAGCCAAAAGUUCUCGUCGGUGUUGAAAACUCGACAGGCCGCGCGAGGGGACGACUAUGGCGGUGGCCGGUAACCGUGGUAUACGGGCGAGCAUACUAAACAGGUAGGUAUGCUAUACGUGGUAACUGCUCGCCGCUGAUAAAUCGCACACGGACUGCUGCAGAGAAUACCCGACGAAGACGAUGACUACGACGACGACGGCGUGCGUGCAGUAUUAUUAUAUACCUACUACGCCCCCGCGAGAAUUAUAUUAUUAUAUACUGCGGGGAUAGGGAUCAAUGGUUAACGUGAAAGGAAAUGAAACGUAAAUGACCGGAAAUACACCGGUACUUGGACUCGAAAAGCCACUUUCUUUUAACGUAUAUUCGCGAUAAAUAUAUAUAUAUAUAUAUAUAUAUAUAUAUAUAUAUACACCAUUACACAGGUAUACUGAAGUGUCUAUACCCACUAUUUUCCGUAUACUCUGUUUUUGGAUCUUCUCCCGCGGACUACGAUCUCGCGUUUCUCGUCAGAUUUUUAGUUCCGGACGAUCGCGGAUUCUAUAAAAGCUCCGACUGCGACGAAUUAAUAUUAUAUAGCGACCACGUAUAAUUUAAGGAGAACGAAAAAGACGCAAUAACAAUGUCAUAUUAUACUGUCGAUAUUUUCAUUGGCGUCGGCGUUGUGUAUCUACGUCGCCGUAUAAAAAUGUCGCGUUUGGAUAAGAGAAAAGUAACAUAACGCCAUUUUGUUUUUGAGCUGUGCGCGGCGUUUGAAUAUUGCCCUACACUACUCCCCCACUACCCAAACUUAAAAUAUCUCGUCAACGAGUGGAUGGAAAUUAAACAUUUCAAGGCCAAAAUUUGUUCAGUGAUAUAGGAUUUUCAACGAAGGAUACAAUUUAAAAAACAAAAGUGAUUUAUGGUUUCGCCCCCGGAAAUAAGGGUGACAAAAAUAACAUUUUAGAACCGUUUGUUUCUUAAAUUAUCUAAAACAAAAAAAAUGUCGAAAAAGUUAGUACUUAUCGAGAUAACGAAUGUCUUAUCGAGGAUUAAUCACCUGUAUAUUAUAAUUUGACAUUUUGUCGAAAUUUAUAUCAAUACCGUUCGUUCGUACAACGAAGUAAACUGCAAUAUUUCAAACAAUAAUCGGACUCUAUGUUAUAAUAUUAUAUCAUAUUUUACAAAAUCAAAACAAACCCGCCAUUGUAAAAAACCGCUCGACAAAAAUAUCCUUUGUGUAGCGGAAUUAAAUCAAGUGUGAAUAAUAUUGCGAUUUAUUUCUGAAACAAUCACUGUAGUUAAACGAUGGAAAUAUAUUAAUAUUGUAUUUUCGUUUUUACCCCGGUGUAGUGGUUAGGUACUAACAAUCGCAAUAAUGUUUUAUAAUACUUAUACUACAUGGUUGUAAUUUUGAUUUAAAAAACUGAUUUGAUUUUAACUCUACUAGAAUAUGACAUAUAUUUUCUGACUAUUAACACGAUUUGACUGAAGUUCAUGAGAUAAUAAUUUUAAACUCGUGGAAAAAUCAAAAAAUGACUUCCUUAAAGUACCACCCCCGUCAUAUUCCCUUUUAGAAAAAGUGCUAUCAUUGCAAAUCGAAGCAAAAUUGCUGAUAGAAAAGUUGACAACAGAAAAAAAAACAAUAAUAAACUGGUUUUACUUUUUAAUAAAUGUGUGACAAGAAAUCAACUGCUGAACGAUUUAAAAUAAUAAAAUAUUUUUCAACUAUCAGUGAAUUUUUCUAGUUCAAUAUAAUAACAAAAAUAUUAUUAUUAUUAUUAGUAUUAAUAUUUAAUAAAUAAAAAAUGACUCCCCUUCUCCCAAAUAAAAAGGCUUAUGCACUUUUAAGAGGGACUAUAGUCCGCGUAUUACCCCUCAUCAUAUAUGCGUAGAGCGUGUACGUAUGUACAAAAUUAUAACGCAUUUACGUAAUUGCUAUUUUCCUCGCCCGCGAAACAAUAUUAUUAACUUAAACGAGCCUUAUAGCUACAAUGUAUAGCUAUAAUAUGUAGCUUAUAUUCUACAUAUUUAUACUUUUUAUGAGAAAAUUAUUAGUACGAUUAUUAUAUUAUGCAAAUCCGAGGAGGAAAAAGACAUAAUAUAUUAUAUAGUAUGUAAUAUACAUAUACACCAUAAGUGUUUAUACUUUUUUAAAGCACUAUUUGGCACAAAGUAUAAUAUUAAGAUUUCUAAACAGAUAAGAUGACGAACUGCAACGUCUUAGCGGCGAAUGAAAAUAAUUAUUAUCUAUACUAUUUUAAUUAUAAUCCUCAAACCUAUUUUACUUUACACAGUCAUUAUUAAAGCGAAUAGAUACCAGACUGUAAUUUUAUAUCCUUAAGGGUACUGCGCGUGACCUAUUUUUGCCCGAAAACACGGUUUACAGGGCUAACUCGCCUACCUCAUAGAGUAAUCUAAUACAGAUCGUUUUUUUUUUUCUUGAAAAAUAAAGACUUCCUACAAAGUACAUUGGGCUUGGAUUUAAAAAAUUAUAUUUCCUAACGCAAGAAUUAGAGCUUAAAACUUACUUUUGUUCUUUUGUUUUUGUACUUUUGGAUUACAUAAUCAAAAUUUCAAAUCCAAAGAAGUUUAAAACUGUCCUAUUUUCAAAAAAAAAAAAAUAGGCCAUGCGCAGGCCUUUUCAUACAAAAUUAAAGCGGACUAAAUUGGCUGUUAAGAAUUGUUAGAAUUUUUUAAUUAUAAAUUUUAACAAUUUGAUUAGCAAUUAUUAACAAUUUCUAUAAUACACUACAAGCAGCACUCAUAGCGUGUACUUACUUACUCAAUAUCGAACCUAUCAAUAAUUAUUUAAAUCUACGUUUAACGUCCCGUUUUAGAUUAUAUAAUAAUUUUAUAACACUCAUAUGGAUAUAUUUUUUAUAAAACAAUGUCACAAGCAGAAAAACAUUCCGUAUAUAUUCGGUUUUCAAUUAAUAAUACCUCGGUAUUUAUUUGUGGAAUUCACUCGUAUUAUUGUUUUUUUCAAAUUAACACAAAAAAAGUAUUGUUGUAUAAUACAUGAUUUAUUUUGAGUUGAUGAUUUCAAUCGUAUUAUAAUAUUUAUUAUUUUUUUUACAAUUUUUCAUUUCCAUCAACAAACUCUCAUCUGUAAUAUAUACUUGCGUCUGUUUUAUUUGCCUAUCUGUACAACCACAACCCUCCCACCACUGGCCCCACUUUUUGUUACCGAAUCAUCAUUGACUAUUUACAAUAUAAUAAAAAUAUUUCGUUGACGUGAAUAUAAUAUUAUUAUAUACUAUACAAUUAUGAUUUCAUAAAAAUAUUUUAAUAUUUAAAAGUCAAAAAUGUAUAUAUUAAGUGGUCCUCUCGAAAAACUUUGACGUGUUUUUUUAUACUUAUCUAUACUUUUAUGCAAUAACCGUAGGUAAGUCAAUUUGUUUUUGCUAUGUUUGUUGUUGUUUUCACAAUUAUUAUUAUAGUUUUUCCUUCUCCUCGAUCUUGAUCCCGCGCCCAAGUGGGGUCUCCAACUACUCUUGUUUUAACCUUUCGUAUCCCUCACUCUUGUAUAACCUCUAGGCGCUAUUUUUUCUUUGGACUACCUUGACUUUCGUCUACCCGUACUAGAUUUAUCAUCGUUUUACUAUUUCCUCUGCAGCAUGCCCUCAUAUACCCUCUCAAAAAAAAGGUCUGUCUACUCAAAAUUUGAAUAACAAUUUUUGAAAUAAAUAAGAAUUGACUUUCAGAUAAAUUAACGAGUGGUGAACCCGGGGCAAUUGUCUCAAUGAAUGUUUUAUAUCUCAAUAUGAAAUGUGUACAAAAAUAUAUCAUAAUAUGUUCACGCAAAACAGAAAAAUGUGCCUUCAAAGUAAAUUUAAUAUAAAGCAUCUAAAUAAAAUUUUGAUUUUAUAUGAUUUUUAUUAUGAUUCCGUAUGGUAUACCUGAACAAAUUAUUAUAACAUUAUUGUUGCUGCUUAUUUACUGAUAGAAUUUUCCGUACAAUCAUUCUUUACUACCGUGAUUUCUUAUGUUAUAAUAUGACUUAUGCAUAUUAUUAUGAACUCGAUUAGGUUAUGGAACCACGAAAAUAAUAACUAUUUAUAAGUAGUGUGAUACAAUUAUAAUUACACUUGAUACACCUAUUUGAGUUGCGUAUUAUUAUUAACACGUAAUUAUAUCAUAAAACUAAGUGGUUUGAUAUGAUUGUACAGUCUAUGGUGCACUAGAAAAAUCAUAUCGAUUUUAAAAAUAUUAAAAAUUGUAAGCAUGAUGUAGAGUAUUGUGUACAAAUAUUUUGUAAUGUUUUGUGUGUAAAUAUUCUGAAACUUGGCUUUUAACGUGUUGGCAACUAUGAACUCAUUUUCAUAAUAUGGAAUCGUAUUAUAGUUUAAGCCGUUUAAGGAUCAGUCAGUAAAAAUUAACCUUUUUAGGCCACACGCACGGAAUACUGCCAAAAGAGGCAAACAUACUGAAUCGUUCGACAAUAUUUUGAAAAUGACCACAUUAACUUUUUUUCAGUUCUCUAUGUAAAUAUUGAACGCAUUAUCGAAAGUACAAAAACUGAAUCAUUUUAAAAUUAUGUAUAUGUAUUUUUUUUUCCGUGGACAACUUUUCUACCAGCAAUUUUGUUCCGAUUUACAAUGAAAGCAAUUUUUCGAAAAGGAAAUCUGACUACGGGGUACUUUAGGGAGGUUGACUUUUUGAUUUUGACAGAAGUUUUCCCAGUAAAUAGGAAAAACCGGGAAAAUAAGUACAAUAUUGGAUAUAUAUUAUUAAAGAAAAUAUAUAAUGCGUAUGUAAUUAUUUUACAAUAAUAAUUAGAUUGUGUAUAUGAUUGUUGACAAAAGCAAAACAUUCAACUGAACUCUGCUCAGAAUCGUUCUUUCGUUAUCAAUGGUUAUCAGCGCUAAUCACUGCGUACAGAUAUAUAUUAAAUUACCCCUCUACUUUUCCUACUUCUUAUCUACAACAGUGGCGAACCCACGUGCGAAUUAUGUCCGUCAUUAUUUUAUUUUACUUUGAAUUUUUCCUACCUUUCCUUCAUACCUUGAAUUUUUUUUUUGAAACUUUUUUUUAAUAAAAUAUUUCAAAAUAUAAAUAAAUAUUUUUACACCGAUAAAGUAAUUUCACGUAAAUAUUAUUUUUUUUUACUUUUAAUUGGAUAAUAGGAACGUUUUAAACUUUUUGAACCGCUUUUAAAGGUUUUCUCGUUUGUUUCACAGAAAAUCACCAGUAUCACGUUUAGUAGGUAGUAUUAUACUUGUUCGCCACGCUAAACUCUUUGCUCACGCGAUUUCUCGAGAUUUUUUUUCUGCCUCUUUAUUUCGCGAUAGGCAUGACACAAUAUUAUUUUAAUCAAAAGUCUCAUGCAUAUACGUCGUUAUCCGUACCGACCGGUAGACACACGAGUGUUUUUGCCGUGUUUUUUUCGUCAUUUCACGCCACUACCGACGACUCUCGAGACGAAAUUAAAAACACAAAACCGUUUUUUUUUUCAUCAUGUAUACCGUGACAAAAAAUCGACGACAAUCCGUUUUCAAAUAUGAGUUUGGCGGGAAUAACGUUAAAAAAGUUUAUAAUAAUAUAAGUCUUAUAUGAAAUAUGGGGGAUACAUGAUAAUAUACAAAUUAAAGCUUAAUAUGCUAAUAUCAAUAUGCUAUUUACCUUUAUACAAAAUAAUUGUUUUCUCCAAUGAUUUAUAUAUGAACAAGAGUGUAGAACUAUAACAUAAAUGAGUUUUCUAUCAUUGGCUUAAAUCUCAAAGAUCGUACCUCCAAAAUUAUAAAUUCAAUGGAAGGAAAAAUGAUUUUUGUGUUUUAAUCUUGGAUCUAUUAAAAUGGAGUUACGAUCUUUUAUCAAUUUAAAUAUUAAUCUUAUUAUAUUAUAUUUUUUUUUUCAGCUUUUGUCAAUCUAACCGAAUAUUUUAUCAUAUUAUAUUUUAGUUUAUGUUUUUAUAAUACUAUAAUAAUAUGUUUGUAAACGAAUAUAAUUCUGGGCCUCCACGCUAGUAUUAUCACAGUCAGAAACAGUUAUCUUCAAAAGAUAAAAAGUUAAAUAAAUAAAUAGAUAUAAAACAUGGUACUUCCCUCAAAAUAUUUUCGUUAAAAAUAUCACACAGCAAAAAAACACUCUGAAAAAAAUAUCCCUAUUAAAAUUAUCCAGUAUUCAAAAUACCCUCAUUUAAACUGUGGCAUAUAACUCCUGGAGUUUUAAAUGAAAUAACUAUAACAAAAUAUUAAAAUAAUAUAUAAUAUACAAUAUCAUGACAAACGAUAAAUAUUCAUAUUCGAUAUUUUGAGAUUAUACUAUACUCUAUAUCAGUGGUUUUCAAUUUAAAUGCUGCAGCACACUGGUGUGCAGAGAUCUUUUGAACAUUAUUUUUUAUUAAAAGGUCAGUUACAAUGACUGGUCACACGUAUACGAAAAUAGGUAUAUGCAUUUACAAGUUACGGCACAUGUGUCGUAAAAAAUAUUUUUGAAAAACACAGUAUACCGUGUUUAAAAAAAGUUUGAUAACCAUUGCACUAUAUAAACUAUGUAAAAUUAUUUUCAAACAACCGCAAUCGCUAAAUAUUUGAUACCUUCAAAAUUUGGAUUUACAAUCACAGAUUAUUUAUACUGCAUAUCUGUAUUUGAGCGGAUUCUCUGUAGUUUUUGACAUAAAUCAAUAAAGCUGAUACGACUUCGUCAAUUUUAAAGAUAUUUAGUAGCAUAUAGUUUCAAUGAAAUCAUAACAAAGUUAUAUUUACCAAACCAAAAUAUAUGAUCGUAAUAUAUUCAAUAGUCACCUCCAACUCUCUAGUUCUACUAAUUUAGGUCGUCUAACAACUAACAAGGUGGAUCCUCGAAAUACUAGUAUUCAAACGAGCUCUAAAUCUAUCAGCGAAAACGGUUUGGAUUUAUCUCAAACCGUUCUUCCGCUAUCCCGAAUUGUAAUAGUAUUGUAUGUACAUUAUUAUGUAAACAGGAUAUUUUGGAUAGGAAAUAUGUCCAACAAGGAUAUUUUGGCCAUGGGAUAUUUUAAUGCACGGGAUAUUUUGAAAGUGCACCAUGUAUCAUAAUACAUUAUGUCGAUAUUGCCCACGUUAAUCUCAACUAUCGUGACGCGUCGUCCGCCUACACGCAAAAGUACACGUUCUUAUACCUGUAAUAGAGGUGAACGAUAACCUAACGUGGUGUUAUCGGCAUCGUUCGCGCGAAUAAUAAAUCAUAAUUAAUAUAACCCGAACCAAGGUAAUUAUAAUAUAAUAUACAUAUAAUAAUCUCAAAGCUUAUUAUAUAAUAACCCUCUCAGACACAUGUAUAGGUACUUAUACCUAUACUAUUAUAUUUGCAGCAGCACGGGGUAUCUCGAGAGAAAGGAAAAAGGACUAUUAAUAUAAUAUUGAGAGCGAAAGACGCUAUUGCAAAGGCGCGGUGGCCCAUUCAGUCACAAUUCGUCGUCACUUAAUCCGUGUCGAGACGACGAGAGCUUAUAAUAUUCCCCACCGGCUGUUGUUUCUGUUAUAAUACCUAUUAUAUUAUUAUACUAGGUACAUCGUCUCAUUUUGACGGCGGCGUGUAUUUAGAAAUAAUAUUUAUUGAAUUAAAUUAUUUUUACGGCCCACCCGGAUAUUCGUAUUGGCCCACACAUAGCUGUAGUUAAUUCUUUUAUCGGUACGGACGUUGGUGAGUGAGUGGUUAGUAAUAAUAUUAUUAUAAUGGUCUUAGAAUAAUAUAACACGAGUUCGGAUAUAGACGUUAGAUAUGAUGUUUUACGUAUUUUUUUUACCACAAUUAUAGCGGUCCGAUAGAAAACCGAUAGUUUUUACGCUCCAAAUCUAAAAAUUGAUGAUACUGGGGACAGGUGCGCCAUUGUUUUUGUAAGUGAGAAGUCAAUAUGGUAGUAUAUUUACAGUUAUUUAAUUUAUAUCUGUACACAACAACGAUAAACUAUUGCUAAAGAAAAACGAUUCGGAGCACUGUUCGGUUAGACAUAUUUUGAAAUGUCUUAAUUGUUAGGAUUUUUUACAAAAUUUGAUCUUAAAAUGCUUAUGAAAAGAACACUAAUACAUUAAACUCAAAUUUGUAAUUUAGACCGAUUAAGUACGACUUAUAAUGUAUCCUGUAUUAAAUUUUCAAACAUUUCUCUUAAGUCAUAUAGUUUUAAUAACAGAUACCUUUCAAAUAAAAAUACAUAUAAACAACCUAAAAAUAGCUAGAAUAUUUUGAAAAUUUUAAAAAAUUCCACAUCUACAAAAGUCUAACAUAAAUAUUUUCUAAAAACUACAGGUCUCUACAUUAAUUUUUAAUCCAAGAAUAAUAAAAACCCCAAAUGCCGUAUAAUACGCCGUAUUUCUUACGUUUUCUCCCUGUUUUUUUUAAUUAUCAGAAAAACUAUACAGAAAAUCAAACUACUACUUUCUUACUCAAAAACUAGAAAACAUUUUUUUUUUUUUUUUUUUGGAAAAUAUGCUUUUUCCAAAUUUGGAUAAAGAUUUUUAGUAGAAAAGUAUAAACCUUACAAAUAUAUAAUAAUGAAAUCGUUACACCACGUUAUUUGAAAAAAAUUGUAUUUUUCGUUGUUUUUGGUUUUUCUCAAUUAUUAUGAAAACUAAUGUAGAUAUCAAAAAAUGACUUUUUUCGUCAGUGGCUAAAUAAAAAAAAAUUGAUGUCUUAUUAUUUUUCGAUUAGUGUAAUAUUUCUGGUAUAAAACAUAGGUUUUUCGCAAUUAUUUCGAAAACCCCUUGGAAAAUCAAAAAAUAAUCCAUCUUAUGCACCAACUAAACAAAAUUACCAUUCAGAAAAGGUGUUAUAUUUUGUACACCGGAGCAAGAUUUCUUUUCAAAAAGUAGGCGUCCCCUGUUUGUGCCAAUUUAUAAAAUUAAGGAUACUACGUGAGGGUUCAAUUUUUUUUUUUUUUUUUUUUUAGUGUAUAUCGGUAUAACUAAUACGUUUUUUUUUUAAAUAUACGGUGGAAAAUUUCGCUUGGGAGGUAGUCGCCUCUCCUGUCUCCCACUGUACGCUUAAAAAUAUUAUAAUUAUUAUAUUAUUUAUUCGACAGAACCAAUACACCGGCAUAUGAAACCAGGUGGGAGCAAGUGCAACAAGACGUCAAUUCGACCGGUACUUACCAACUAACAGAAACCGAAUUGGUGUUUGGCGCUAAGCUGGCAUGGAGGAAUUCCGCAAGGUGUAUCGGACGAAUUCAAUGGGCUAAAUUGCAGGUUAGUUAUUUUCGUUGUCAUACAUAAAUAUAUUUUUACGUUAUGAACAUUUUUUUGUAUGCGGAACUUAAAAAAAAAUAUGAUUCAAAAACACUGCAAUUCCUGUGAUUCAACGAUAAACUCAAAUAUUCGAGUUGGACGCGGCAUAUAAUGUCUGAAGGACUUUUUGGCCAUAAUAUUUGUGUAAUACUCGCUCGUGAUGUUUUACCCGUAUUAUAUAAAAAAAGUUCCGAGAGCAGUUUUUCGUCGGCAUGCAAUACCGAAGGAAAUAAUAAAAACAUAUUAUUAUUUUUUUGUAAAAUCUGACGAGAAUAGUUUGCGUUUUAAUGAACAGUGUUUACAAAAAAAAAAAAAAAAGGAAUAAUAAUAAUAAUAACGUCACUAAUUAAACUGCACAGAAUUCCUAUAUAUAUAUACACGCCUACACGUAUUGUUUUUAAUAUAAAUACACGCCUCGACUCAUCGGUGUGGUCGUUAGCAUCUAACAUAAUCAUAUUAUAUUCGAUUUUUUUCUCUUUAUUUUAAUUACUCGUUAGUUAUUAUUUAUAUUUUCAUAUUAUCUUAUAAAAUGUUGAUCGUGUGUAUCUAUACGCAUGACAGUUGAGCAGUAAUUAUCAUCCGUUUCACAACCCAUAUAUUUCAGUUACAACCUAACCUAACCUAACAUUACACAUCAACGAUCAACCGCUUAAAGUUGCCGGUGAUUCUGUAGGCUUUACGCAUACUUGGUUCGCACACGGAGACGUAAAUAUAAUAUUAUAUAGAGGAAACCUGUUGUAAAGCAUUCAAAAUCAGCAUUAACUUAUAGUCUAUCGUGAAUUCCGCCUCAUUUCAUUACUCACAGAAAAAAUUGUUUAUGAUUUUAUUUUUCACGUUCACUACCCUCUUCAUAAUGAAUCCAUCCAUGAACAUCUUAUCGAAUCGUAGGCCAGGCUCAUACCUAAUCUCACAUAUGUUUCGAACCUUUUGAUUCGUUGACAAAUACAGUUCACCUAUCUCUCCUUUUUAAUUUACGUUCGUUCAAUACGUUUCCUAUGUAUUUUUUUACUUUCUUAAUCUGUUCUCCAACUAUAAAAUAAACUCCACUGCAAUCACACGCCUUAUAUGCAUAACAAAUGUAUCACUCUUUUAUCGUCUUAAUAGUUCAGCCGUAUUGUUUCGAUUUGGUCAUCCCUAUAUAUUUAUUUAAAACUAUUUUAUAGAAUACCAAAUGUAUCUACAAUGCGCCUACCUUAUUUAUACUUAUUGAAAAAAACUUUGCCAUAAGCCCAAUUAUUAUCAAAAUAAAAGUAAAUAAAUAAAAUAACUACUACUCCAUACCUUUCCAUUAACGCCAAAUAAAUAUUCUUUGGUUAAGAUUAAAAGCUAGAAAAUUAUUAUAUAUAACUAAUAUAAAGUUCAUCGUACAAGUUUUUCUUACCGAUAAAUUAAAUUCAAGCAGAUUUUUAUUUUAUUUGUAUUCUUUAUCAAUAUGAGGCCAUACGAAAAAUGUUUAAUUUUACAGGGCUACGGUAAUAUGAAUUUUGAAUUUGUUGUUGGACGAAGAAGCAAAUAGAUUAGGUUAGGUUUUUAUUAAAUAUAAAUACAUCGUGUCUAUUUAAUAAUAUUAUUAUUAAUUUGCUUAUUUCGUUUUUAGAAUAUUCCAAAACAACAGUGUACAUUAUUAUGCUAUACCUACGGCUGUAAUAUACAAUCACCAAUAUAACGGUUUAAGAAUGUAUCGAUUUUCAUUUUCAGUUUUGCCUAGCUCGUUCUAACUUUUCGUCAUCGUAUUAUAAAUACUAGUUACACUUAGAAACUCUCGUAUUUAUCGGAUUUAUUUGCAAAGCAGCUACACCGGGUCUCGGAAUUUUAUUAUAUUUGUCUUGCAAACGAAUUUACGAGUGCCCGCGGUAUAAUAAUUAAAUACCUACUCGGCAGUGAGUGUUAUUAUUUAAAUGUUGUGUAUUAUUGUUAUGUAAUAUUAUUAAUUGUAAUUCUGCUAACGAUCAUUUAUCUAUAUACGAAUAUUAAAUAGUCUAAUACUACAAUUCGAAUGUUUUUUUAGUAUCUGUUAUCGGUUUGUACGCAAAAUGUUAAUUGCACCGAAUAAACUUUCGAGUUUAUAAAAUGCAAUUCAUCGCAUAAUACAAAUUUAUGAUCGGCCAUUUUGGGUUUAGAUUGUCUAUUUCUCAAAACGGGCUGUUCGAUUUAUUCGGUUUUAAAGCACUGCGUAAUCCAAUCUCUAACUCUUUUUGAUAUAAUUUUUCGUUUAUUUUUUAGAUUCAGAGCCAAGUGAGGAACCUAUUAGUUUAAUUAUAUGAUGUGUGUUAUUUUUGUCUGUAACAACUUUUCGAACAGAAAACUUGCUCCAAUCUAAAGAUGACAAGAUACCUUUUUUAUGGAAUUUUUUACGUUUUGUAUCUAGGUAGUAAGUGCAUUGAAGAAGUAAUUUUUUUGAUUUUCCAAUAGGUUUUCAAAAUGAUUGUAAAAAUCCGAAAAAUUUUGAAAAUCCAAACAUUUUAUCUAGUUGGUACAUUGAGGAUCCGUGUUUUUAUUUUCUAAAGAGUUUUCAUAAUAAUUGGAUAAAACCAGAAACAAAAUUAUAAACUAACAGCAAAUAUUUACGGCAUACGUACGGACGUACUUCCCCCUCCCCCCCAAAAAAAUUAACCAACCAAGUAUUACCUUAGUUAUUGUACAGUUUUCAAUCCUAAGUUAAUAAUGAUAACAGGUAGUAAAUAAAACGUAUCAUAUUUUAUUUUAUUGGUAUAAAUGUUAAUCCGGACACGUUAAUAGUUUACACUACCUAAAAAGAUAUUAUUUUGUUUUAACAUAAAUGUUUUAAAUUUUAUAAGUCUAUGACCGUCACAGAGAAUAUAUUACAUACCUAGUAUAUACUUGUAGGCAUAAUACUAUCGUAAUUUAUGGUAAGGUUGAAAAAAAGAGAUAAAUCAUAAAUCCACAACCGAUCGCGAAACAAUAUGCAAUUACAAGUACAUUAACUUUAUUUGUUAGGUAAUUCAAGUAUUUAAAUAUGUGGUAACCAUAAAAUAUAGUAAAUAUUACCAUAAAAAACGAUUACAGUUAUAAAGUCAUAGUUAUUAUAUCAUUUUAAUUAUUUUAACUAUUAAAAAGUUGAAUUUACUAUAUUUUGUUUAGCUAUCAUUUUUUAGUCAUUUUCUUAGUCAAACAUAUUUGUAGACUUGAAAUUUUGACAGAAAACUAAUAUUUGCCUACCUUUACUAGAUUUGUAGUAACAUUUUUCAACAUAUUCUGAACAUAUUUUUAAACUACAUUUUUUAAUUUUUUUUUUUUUACGUAGUUUUUUGUGGUCGAAAAGUCUCUACAAAUAUUGAUUACUGAAUUACAACAAAAAAAACAAAAUUGAAAAUAAUAAAAGCAUUUUUUUUUUUUUUGUACAUUUUCCUGUUUUUUCUAUAUUUUUUCUGUUUUUCUCAAAUAUUAAACAACCACAGUGAAAAUAAAAAUUAACCUACCAACUAGAUUAAAAGAAGAAUAUUUCUAAUAGGAAACAUAAAUCAUACAAAUUUUAAGUAACGAAAUCAUAAGCUGUACAUUUUUCAUCUUUUAAUCGGUUUUCCACAAUUAUUAUAAAAAAAUCUGGAAAAAUCAAAAAGUGACUUAAUUACUUAACAACUUUAUCCAAAAUUCAACAAAAAAAGUCUUUUGGCAUUUUUUGAUUAAAACAAAUAUUUCUGGCAGAAAACAAAGUUUACAAAAAUUAAAAACAAUGGAAUCGAUAACACCUUAGCACGCCGUAAAUAUUGACCGUUUUACCUAUAACUUUGUUUCCGAUUUUUCCCAAUCAUUUUGAAAAUCAAAAAAUGACCUGUCAAAACACCAACUAGAAAAAAUUACUUUUAAAAAAAAGUGCUACACUCUAUACACCGGAGAAAGAUUAAUUUUAAACCAGUUGUUUACAGACACAAAGGAAAUAAAAAUUAAUACUCGGAAUGGGAGUGGACACUGUUGAAGGUGAAAAUUUGGAAAGGUAGAAUACAUAAGGUUAUUUCAUUUGUAUCUGUAAACAACGAUAAACGAAAGACGAUUGACGGAAGACGAUUCCGAGUGCAGUUCGGUAUUACAUAAUUUUUGCGAUUUUCGUUUAAAUUUAAUUUCAAAACGCUUAUUGAAAAAUGUCGUCCGAUGAUUUUGGAAAUUUUAAUACAUCUAGGUAAGUUCAAUAUAAGUAUUAUUACCAAGUUUCAAAUCUCUACAUGUAUUUAUAACUGAAUAAAAGCAAAAAAACUCCCAAAAAUUUAAAUUCUUUAAAAGCUCAAAAGUUUUGGCGAAUGUAACCGUAAGAAAGCAAAUCAAAAAGGCAACAAAAAAGGUAUCUUGUGUUUUUUUGUUUAAAUCAUUUUUUCUAGUAGAAAACGUCGUUCGUGUUUUUAUAAUUAAUGAAAUCGUGAAACUAUACAUUUCUCUACGUUUUUUCCCACUCAAGUGUUUUUAUUUGAAAAAUGGCUUCGAAAAUCAAGAAAUUACCUAUUUAACGAACCAUUUAGAGAACUUGAUAUUACAUACAAUUUGCUAAACGUAAAAAUUGGAACAAGUUUUCUAGUAAAAAACAUAUCCACAGACUAGAACAAAGAAAAAAGAAAAAAAAAAGAGAUAAACAUCUUAGUAAAACCAAUAGAUCUCUUGUAACGCUCCAAAUCUUAAAAUAGAAUAUAUGUAAUAACUUUUUUUUAAAAUUGUCUUGAAAUCAAAUUUUAAUGGAAAUCAUAAAUAUUACGGCCUUUAAAAACAUGAGUAAACGAACUUCACUCAGAAUCGUUUUUCGUUAGCAAUAGUGUAUCGUUGUUUACAGGUAUAAAUUAAAUAACUUUAUUUAUUCCACCAUACUAACUUUCCACCUACAACAAUGGCAUAUCCAUUAGCAGUAUUAUUUCUUUUAAUAAUUAUAAUAAAUUGUUGGCGUGGAAAAAACUACAAUGAUUGUAAAAAAUAGGCCUUUUAUUAUUUUUUAUCUGUGCGCAACUUUUUUAGGAAAUCGGCGUGGGGCGGUACUUUAGGAGGUCAUUUUUUGAUUUCCUUAAGAGUUUUAUCAUCAAAUGAGAAACGAAAAACCGAAAAAAAAAAAGGGAAAUGUACGAAAUAUAUUACUUAAAUAUUACGAAUUUUCAACAGCAACUUUAUAAUGUUAUAUUAUAUAAUCUGAACUGUGUUGCCACACAGCCACACUUCUACCGGGCUGUAUACAUUUUUGAGGAAAAAAUAAUAUUUAUACUUUAUAGGUGUACAUUUUAACUGUGUUAUACAUACGAGGAAAAUCAAAUACGAUUCAGUAACUUCCGCUAAAAAAUUUUAACGCGUAUUAAAACAAACAAAAAAAUGAUAUAUUUUAAGCAAUUUAUUGACAUAUGAUGUACAAUUUACCCGUGAUCUAUAAGAAAUUGUCGUAUAUGAAACUAUAAUAUCGCAUCUGAUGAGUGUUUUUCGAGAUAAAAAAAAAAUUCCAAUACCACUUACAGAACAAUAACUAUCUUGUACCGUAGUAAUCCAGAAAUAAAAAAAACAUCCGGUUGAAAAGUAUUAUUAUUUUUACUUUAUUGAACAAAAAAAUGCAUUACGAUUUCAAGAUUUCGCCACUUCGAUAUAUUAUAUGUUUAAACAUAUUAUCUAUGAUAGUGUUGUUAGAUUUAUUUUUUUAUAGUUUUGGAAUAACUUUUCUACCAGCAAUCUUACUCCGAAUUUUGUACCAUCUUUCUUGAAAGAAACAUUUUUCUAUAAAAAAUCGUUUUUAAUAAUGGUCUGAUUAUUUUCAGUAAGGUUUUUUGUAGUACCUAAUUCGCUUUAAAAUAAAAUUAUUUGUUCUGAUCUGAAAUUUUCACAAAAUACUUAUAUUUUAAACGUGGUAAUAUGUCAGUGGUCCUCGAAAUAUUUAUGAGCACUUAACAUUUUCUAGUUUUUAAAUUUGUUUUGGUUUUAUGUGAAUAAAUUUGUUUUAGCCUAGCCGAAAAAAUUUAUGAUUUUACACAAGUUCAUCAUAAGUUGUACUUAAUGGUUACAAAACGUUAAGCAUAAAGUAGUAGUUUGUAUAAUUUUUUUUUAAAUUCAAUUAUUGUCCAAAAUCGUAAAUAUCACGGUAUUUCAAAAUAUGAUUAAUCGAACUAUGCUGAAAAUCGUAUUUCAUUAGCUAUAAUUUAUUGUUGUCUACAGAUAUAAAUUAAAUAACUCUAUGUACCCUACCUUCCUAACUUCUCAUCUACCACAGUAGUACAACCAUCAGCAAAAUUAGUUCUUUUUUUAACAACCAAUCUGUAGAAAAUAUAUAAUUUAUUGUGUUUCUCUGCUGUUUUUGAAAUUUUUAGUGUUUUGUGGGAGUGAAAGAAAAUUAUAUGAUUUUUUUAAGAGUUAUUUCUUUAUUAGUGUUUUACUGUUUUAGUUUCACGGCACUAUAUUAGUUGCGAGCAAUUCGACACUAUUCUUAUAGUUCAAUUAUUGUUCGAUAAUUCAAUCAAAUCCAUAUACAUAGUUAGUUUUUUUCUCCUCCUAGCAGUCGUCACUCGUCAGUAUUAUAGUAUUGUGUAGUAUUGUAUAGAUGCAUUUAACAGAAACCUAUAAGAACGAGCUAUUCGAAAGGGAUUCAAAAGAAAACGUUUGGAUAAACCAAUGAUAAGUAGGUCGGUUGUCAGUGCGGUUAUCGCAAGAAAAACGUCUAUAAUCUCAUUCUGACAUAUUAAAAAAUGAAUUUAACUAUACUACGCGACACGUAGAAUGUCGCGAUGUAGUAGAUAUGAGCGAGAAAAAUAUAUUAUUAUUAUGAAUAAACGUUUACAAAAAAUGCAUCGCACGACACUUUUUUCCUAUAUGUUUUGAAAUCAAUUUGCUUAUAUUAUUAUAUACGAUUUCGUGUGACUCCGUUAUUCCUUCGAUUGUUUAAAAAAUCUUGCAAUACGGUUGUGUAAGGUUGAAUUAUAUGUAACCUGGCCAAAAAAUUGUUAUAAACGUUACAGUAACACUUGAGCUUGUGUCAGGUGUUAACAACCAGUUAAAAAUUCUGUUAAGCAAUAAGAGGAGUUCUAAAUCAAACUUUGGCAGAUUAUCUCAUUUUGGAUCAGUGCAAUAGGUGCAUGAAGUUUACAGAUGAUAUAUAUUUAAUAGGAGAAAAUCUAGAAUAAUUUAACAACAGGCUUGAAUGAUAGAGAGUAGGAAAGGGAUUAAGGAUAAGUAUAAAUAAUAUAGAGUGUGAGUUUGGAAGAACAGGACAAGACAGCUAACGACAAUAAGCAGUUAUAGGCGAGGGUCAGAGUUGUAAAAAUACGUAGCUUUCUGGUAAGCUUUCUGGUAGAAAAAGUGUUUACAUAAAAAAAAUAAUAAUACAAAUCCUUAUAAAACUAUUACAUUCUUCGAUACACUCAGAAUCUAAAAUUUAACAAAAUCAUUGUACUUUAGAUUCUAUGAAAAUCGAGGAAUGUAUGGGUUUUUCUGUGUGUUUUUUUGUUUAUGUAAAAAAUUGUUUACCUGAAAUUUGUCUUCAAUUAAAAAUGUAUGGGAACUUUUUUGUAGGAAUUUGAUCUAGUUGGUGCAUUGGAGUGGUCAUUUUUUAUUUUCUUUGCAUUUUUCUUAAAAAAUAAGAAAAACUACCAAUUUGUGUUGUUAAUUUUGUGAAUAUCUGAGUUAUUUUCCAACAAGGAGAAUAAUACGACUAAUAAUACUCUACUCAGAAUCAAUUUUCGUAAAGAUUUAAAUUAAAUUACUCUAUACUUACUCUCUUCGAACUUCCCUCCUCAAACAAUAGUACUCAUUAUCAGUGUCGGACUUGUUUUAAAUUUGAUUAUUAAUUUAUAUGUUAUGGUUCGACCUAAUGCAUAUUAGUACAAGAUAAUGGUUUGCCAAAAUGGGAUGAACCACGAUUGAAUAUAAUAUAAUAUAAAUUCUAAUGGUUACAUCAAUCGACAUAUCUAUUAUUAUAAUCAAGCAACAACUGAUAGUAAUAAAAUAGUCUGUGGGAUCAGCAUAGAUAAUUAUUAUAAACUAUGGGCAGCGUGGUUAAAUCGUUUGAUGUCAAAGUUGUGCCGCGUUAUGAUUUACAAGGUAAUGGAAAGUGAAUAAAGCAUAUUAUCCGCAUUACAAAAUAUUACAAUAAUUCACAGUCACAGUUAUCAAACAGCCCAAACGGUAAAUAUGGUUAUACAUUUUUGUACAUUGAGCCGACUACGUAGAAAAUGUGUGUUUAAAAUUUUAAUUCAAGUCUACAGAAUAAAUUUAUCUAAAUAUAACCAACUUCUAUAUCUCCUUAUAUUGUGUACUGCGAAAUAUCAUAAUAGCGGUUACAGCAAUAUAAAAAAUUAUUUCUAUAAACAAAACCAUCGAAAAGCCAUAAAUACGGUUUUAUCUAGUGAAAAGGUAAAUGAUUUUACUAGUGAACAGGUUCUACAUACGAUAGGCACACCGCAGCCGUUUCUUUUUGGUUACAUUAUGACAAUCUACAUUAUUUUUUUAUCUACAAUUUGUAUUUCUUUAAUCUUAAAAUUUUUCUUGCUAUCCGACUACGAAGGGUUAUGAUUUUAGUUGUUUGUAUGUACCAUAUGUAUCACGGACAAUCUUUAUAAAUCUAUAAAGAAAAUUCAGCACAAAAGCGCGUUCCAGUGAGUGGGGUUUCAUUUUGAGGACAGAAACACAUGAGAUAUUAAAUGGAGUGUUUUAAUCGGAGUGCAAAUUUACUCUCUCGCACUAGGUUUUAUAUCAGCCUAUCUAUCUUGAUCCGUUCGGACCGACGACGCCUCUCAGUCCUCGCAUAUUUUGGCAAAUGAAAAAUAUUGUUCUCGUUGCUUAUCUAUAUACAAUUAUGAUAUGACCGUAGCUCGUAGGUUUAUAUCCAAAACCGAAGUAUCCUGGUGAAACCUGGGGAGGUGACAAUCUUAUAUGUAUGCAGUAGUGUAUUGAAGGGUACCUAUACGUGGAUAUAAAACGUAUACCGGGAUCCCUACUUUUGGAUGUACGCGUGUACCUAUAAGAAAACUAGUCCAUUAUGGGUUUACACUAACUAAAAAUUAUUCGUACAUUUUAGCUAUACCCAAGCUUUUAAUAUACCGUCAUCAUAAAACCGUAGAAAAAAAAAAUAAACAAUUAUAUAUUAUUUUAUUAUAAAAUCCGUCCAAAAAGAAAACAGACUGGUUUGCAUAUUUAAAACGUAGAUCUUUAUGUAGCGGAUAUCCUGCAAAAUCUUAUGCUGUCAAAUAACAACUCAUUUUCAUGCAGUAUACAUAUUGAUCCCGAAGAAGUUCUUUAUGCAUUGGCUUAAAAAUCAAGAAAAACGGAUCUUAUUUUGUAUAUGUAUUAACUUAAAUAAAAAUGGUUUAAAUAUGAAGUAUAGUAAUAACUUAUCAGUUUAUUUAUAGCCAUCCAUCCUAAUAGACAUUCCUGAAACCGCCACUGAUUAUACAGCAAUAAAAUCAAACAAAAAUAACAUUAUUAGGUUUAAUGGAGUGGAAAACGCAUUUAAUAUUACCCACCCUUAUUAAUAUAUUCGUUUUUUGGUUUUUUUUUUUUUUUUGGUCUAGUGUUUUUUUUUUUUUUUUAUUUCCUCUGAAAAGUAUUUUCAAAAUCAUUAUCUUUUUUUUUUUUUUUAUAUAUACGUCUUUGUAUCUUUACCGUAUUUGCGACUAAUGACAAAUAAUUAUGAGCAUUAAUUAUAUUGACAUUUUCUCCCGUUCGUUAUUGUUCAGGUGUUCGACUGCAGAUCGGUGACCACGACCAGCAACAUGUUUGAAGCGAUUUGCAAUCACAUCAAGUACAGCACGAACAAGGGUAACAUCAGGUCAGUAUAUAUUAUAGACACGAAAGCGAUAAUAAUCAUUUAUUAACAUCGCUCUCUCCGCUCCUCUCAUCUCCGCUCCUUCGACGCAUAAAAUGUCUCAAGAACACGAAUCGCGGUGUUGAACAAACGCAAUAUAUGCGUCUAAUAUAUCAUUAGCAUAUUAAACAUAUUCCGGAACCGCGAAUGCCGUCACGGUUUAUUCUUCGCUCUCUCUUCGAACCCUUUAUCGUUAUACUAUACGCGCCGCCGAAGUUGUUGUUAGUGACGGUGGGCGGUGGUGGCGGUGGGCGGUGGUGGCGGUGUGUAUAAAAUAUAUUAUGAUCGCCGAACGGGGUCCGAAUUCGGCGGGCGCGUUUAAUCAUUCAAUUUGCAUACGCGCCGCGCGGCAGUGCGCUCACCACGAUAAUAAUAUUAUACCUACUUCUUCCACACUUUAUCUCUAUUACACAUAAUGUAUAUAUACAUAUAUAUAUAUAUAUAUAUAUAUAAAUACACAUAUAUACAUGAUAUUAUAAUGGGUGUACCGACGACAGCGCCCGUGACGGUGGCGGUACGCGCGUACGGAAUGAAAUUCUACAGGUUUGAUUAAACCGUCGGCCAUACGGUACCAAUAUCACCUAACCUAACCGAUCGGUCACCGUGCGGGCAUUAAGAACUGAGUAGCACUAACCGCGCGAGUUCCUGUCAACUGCCGCGCAUAUUCCCGUGUCCCGUCGGUUUUCGGAUGUACAAUAACGCGCCGCGUUAAAACAUAUCUUAUUCGGCGACGGCAGCAUUAUGUUCGUAUGUAGGUACAUACACGCAACACUUGUAAAAUAAUAUUUUUUUUUUUUUUUUAUUAGCUAUUGUAAAUUUGUAACGCACUGUCACAUCUAAUGCCACUACGACAGCAAGAAAGGACAUACAAAAAAAAAAAAAAAAAAAAACAUUUAAAAACGCGCACAUAAUAUUCUUAUAUUUUGACAUCAGUAUUUACUAUUUGUAUACGAAGACUAUCAUAAUAUUUGAACAUGAAUAAUUCGGAAUUCGAUGUAUACGCAAAUCAAAUAAACAAUUCUGUGUCUUGAGCUUUUAAAAUUUUAAUCUAAGAUAACGCAAGUGCAUAACCAGAGAAUAUUUUGAUUGUUUAAACCUAAAAGACCCUCUUUCCCUCUCAGUCGUAAUUAAAUCAAAAGUAUAUUAGCUAUGUAUGAUACUAAAUGCUCUAGGUUCUAAUAAAAUAUGUUGUUAGAUGAUUCUAUUUCAUAUUUGAUAAUAUUAUUUAUCAUGAAAAUUUAAAAUAUUAUUUAUUUAGUAUACAAAUAUGGGUAAGCCAUUUAGAAAAAAUUAAGUAAAUAACACUAUAACAGUAAAUAUAUAUAAAUACAAAUUCAGAAUAAAAAUUAAAAACAUAAAAACUACCAAAAAUUAAAGGAGAGUUUAUAUUUUCAUGAAACAUUUAACGUCUUGUAGGUUCAUUUCUCAUGAAAAUAUGUAUUCAUAUAUAUUAAAUAUUUAAUAAUAACAAUACUAAUGGUUAUUGAUUAUUCUCUAUACUGGACAAGAACUAUAAGAGACACCUGGAUUUAGAUCUAAGCCUUAGAUUCCAAGGUGGCCAUAUCUGUAUAUUUUCUGUGUACAAAAAGUUAUAUAAAAAAAAUCUGACACAGGGGACAGAUGCAGCCACUGUAGUAGGUGUGUAGUUGGGAAAGUGAGAUACAUUAAGUUGUUAAAUUUAUACCUAUGACCAACGUUAAACCAUAACUAACGAAAAACGAUUCGGAUCAAAGUUCGUUUCUACAUGUUUUGAAAGGUCGUCGUAAUAUUUACAAUUUUCGUCAAAAUUUAAUUAAAUAAAUCUAAUAUAAUAAAACUAAACAAAUACUACAUUACAUAUAAUUUUUGCGGUUCUUUUUGCCCCUAAAUAUGACUUUUAAUGAACUUCCUGUCAUAUUUUCAAGCAUUUCUAUUUAAUUUAACAAUUUUAUCCACAGAGUACCACCAAAUAAAAAUAACGUAAAAAACUCUCAAAAUUAAAAGGUUUUCAAAAUUUUACUACAUCUAGAGAAAGCAAAUAUAAGUUUUCUGUCAGAAUUUCAAGUUUCUACGAAGAUCUUUAACUGAACUACAACAAAAAAAUUAAAAUAAUAAAACGAAUAUUUUCGUAAAUUUACCAGUAGUUUCCACGUGUUUUUCGGUGUUGCUCCAUAAUUAAAAAAACUACACAGAAAAUCAAAAAAACAACUUUCUUAGUCACCCUCUUGAAUAAAAAUGCAACAAAAAUGGUUUCUUGUAAUUUUUCUAUUGGAGCAAUAUUUAUGUUAGGAAACAUAAGCCGUACAAAUUUUAAAUAAUGAAAUUGUUGAAUGUCUUCGUAAUUUUAAAAUAUUUGUACUUUUCGUUUUUAGAUUCUGAGUGGAACAAGGAAUAUAUUGGUUUUACAAUGAUAUUUAUUUUUUUUUUUUAUUUUUCUGUGAACACUUUUUCUACCAGAAACAUACUCCGAUUAUCAUGUAUAGAACCUUUUUUAAAAGGAAAUGUUCUGUGGGUGUUACUUUAAAAAGGACAUUUUUUUGAAAUUUUCAUUAGUAUUCAAGACAACGAGGAAAAUCUUGGUCUUUAGGUUAAAAAAGAUUGAAAUAUUAAAAUUAAAGUUGUCAUUGACAACCGUUUUUAUUUAUUUUUUGUUAUUAUUAAGUUUUUGUUCUUUUAAUAUUUUUUAAACAAUCAUUAUUGUAAUCAUUUUAACAUAAUAUGACAUAUAUCAUAUAUUAUAUUGUUAACAAAGCAAUACUAUCAACUGAACUCCGCUCAGAAUUGUUUUUUCAUUAGUAAUGGUUUAUCGUUGCUUACAAAUCUACAUUAAAUGCUCGUCUGUAUCCUACCUUCUCAAAUUUACACCUAUAACAGUGCCUGCACCCACAUGCGAAGUAUGUCCGUCCUUUUUUUUUUUUUUUAGUUUUUCCCAUUCAUUAUGAAAUAUACUUUAAAUAUCAAAAAAUGACCUUCUCAAUGCACCAACCAAAAAAAAUUACUUUUCAGAAAAGGUGCUAACUUGAUACUUAAGAGCAAGUUUCUGGUAGAAAAAUUGCUCACAGACACACACAAAAAAAAACACAUUUAUAGUUGUUAAGUUUUGUUUAGCUUUAAUAAAAUGUAUUUAAUAUUUGUCUACCUCAUUUACUAUGCAUUAUACAAAAUAAUAAAAAAGUAAGAAAAAUUUCCACAGCUAUAGAUUGUAUUUCAGAAUAGUAGUAUACCUUAUCUCAUUAUUUUCUAUUGAGCAAAAAAGAUUUGAACCAUAACAAUAAGGUUUAAACCCGAUAAUCUCUAAAACAUUCAACAGAACUUUAUGAGUAACUGAGUCAAAAGCUCUAGAAAAGUCAGUGUAAACGACAUCGACCUGUGAACGCUUUUGAAAGGUAUCAAAUAACCAAUGUAUAAUAAUUUCUUAAAACAACGUUUCUUAUCGUUGAAAUAUCGUUGAAAAAUCAAAAUAAUUCCACUGAUGGCGCUUAACAUUAAUAUUUAACAGCCGAUUUACGCACUAAAUUGCCGGUCAUGUUUAAGGAAACGGCGUGUUUUUAUGAAAUCGACAAUCAACUUGUAUUGUAUCUUAGAUCGCAUCUACAACUGCCGAAAACUUAUUCGUGAUAUACUUAUAAUAUUUUAUAAAUCGGGUAUACGCGUUGGUACGUAUACCUACGAUGCGAUGUAAUUUCCUGCGUUUUCUGCCAUUUCACGGGCUUUUAAUACGGCACGCAUUAUAACGAUAUAUAUUAUAAUAAAUAUAAUAUAUACGACGGGCACAAACUGAGACGCAAAGCAGAAUGAAUUUUGCAUAUAGGAAUACCAAUGAAGACGAAGAACUUUCUAUCGUUAAGACAGUUUUGUUGGUACAAACUUUAAAUUUCUCGCAAUUAUUCCGAACAAAAUGAGCGUAGUAUCCAAAAUUAACCAUUCUUACAGUCAAUCCCGAAAUCGAAACAAUACAUAUUAUUAUAAAUAUAUGGGUAUAUCAAAAAUAAACAUUAUUUUAAAACUUUAAAGUCGUUUAUCUCACUAUAACUAAUAUAAAUAUUUAUACAUUAAGACAUCUAUAUGUAAUAUUGAAAUCAACGUUUAAAAAAAAAGGUUUUUUUUUUUAUUUUAAUCAUUAUUUUUUAUAAACAUUAUAUCAUAAUACUAGUUAACUAUAAAUAGAAUUCGAAUAUAAAUAUUUAAGAACAAAAUAACAAUGACAAAAUUGCUACUACUUUAUACGAGUAUCUAAAAGUAAUAGGAACUGGUUAUUUUCAUUAAUUUUUACAUUUAUAUUACAUUCUAUUUUCAGGAAAUACGAAGGAAUCAAUAAAAUAUUAUGUAAACAUCUUCAUUUUUCAGAAUAUAUUUUAAUUUAAAACACUUCGCGACCCUGAUUUUAAUAUAUAGGUAGACACUAGAAAAUUGCAAUUCUCGCGAAAUUCGUAAGUCUAAAUACUGCAAGUGUAAACGUGAUACGUAAAUAUAGCGAAAAAUAAAUUCAUCAAUCUAAGAAUUUUAAGAUUACUCUUACAAAAGCCGCGUAGACUUUAUUUCCGGUCGCAGUUUACGCAGUUUUUGUGUUUACACAUUUUAACGCGUAAAGUUCCAAAGGCGAAUUGAAAAGUUUCAACAGCAGUCACUUGUAAAGUUUUGAAAGGAUAAGUCUUUACGUUUUUCUCCUACAGCAAACCAUGUAAUGCGGUGAAAAAUAUUUGUCGCGUGUUUUUUUUUUUUCUAUUCAACGAAGACGAUACGACUGUAUUUACAACAUAAACACUUGUUAGUUUGAACCCAGUCAAACGAAAUUAAUUCAAAAAUUGUAUUUUUUCGUCACGUUUUUUUGUUUCCCUCACUUUUAAUACCAACCUCGUUCUAUACGUUGCGAUUUAAAUUUAAUUUGACUCGUUUUCGUUAAAACCAAACGAUCAUUUGAUUUUCGAUCAACUGGGGCUUAUGAAGGUGGUUUAAAUAGUUUUCGAAUUUUAUGAAAGUGAUUUUUUUCUAAAAGUGUCAAUCAAAAUCAAAAUUACAUUCAUUUUAAAUAUUCACUUUAUAAUUUCUAUACCUAAUAAUCUUAACGUAAUAUUUAGAGACCGGAAUUUUAUGCAUCAGAUACCAUGUUCGUACUGAGUUUAUGCUCCAAUAUGAUGAUUUGGAACGUCGGCGUUUCAAAUUUUACAGAUACCAUAAACCAAAUUUAAUUUUGUAGAUAAUUGCAUAUUUGGAGGGUUGGGGUACAUAUUUUUGUACGUAUUAUAAAUGUUUAAAUGUAUAUAUUUUGUACAGUCUUGGUAAAUAAUCAAAUUAUUUCAUUUUUUCAUUUUGGAAAUUACAAUUUUAAAAUACUGGCGAAAAUAAAUGAUUUUGUCAACAUGGUAUAAAAUUUUAUAUUCUAUAUCAGUGGUUACCAUUAUUUAUUAGCUACACUGCAAAUUUGAAAAAUGUUAAUCGUGAUAUACUGGUAGAGUAAUAUAAACUCACGAUGUUUUACUUAUCACGUUUCGUUUAAUAACAUUUUUUUAUACUUAAAUAUGAGUUAUUAUUAGUACUAUUGUCGAUUGUUGUUUACUCUAAUAACUUUCUUGUUAAACUUGACAGUAUAACAUGAUUAAAAUAAAAACUCAAUUAAAUAAUUACUAUUUUUUUUUUUUUUUUUAGUAGUAUAAAUUUAUGAUGCAUAUUUGAGCAUAUUUUUCAAUUUUUUUUUCUUGGCGCAUAUUUUAAACCGUUUGCUUUACAUAUUUGCAACGUAUUUACCACAUUUUUAGUACAUAUAAUUCUGGUCUCUAAUUAUAUUUACAUAUAAACCACGCGUUCUUGUUUUGGAAAAUAUUCAUUUUGGCAAUUUCCAAAAAUUUAUUUUGUCACGUUGACUGCCAAUUUAUAAUUGCACAUCGAGAUUUUCCAAACGCAUUGUCCAAACGAACGAUGGGGUGCUGUACAAAUAUUAUAACUACAAGAACAAAAUAUUAAACGGAGUAUAGAGUGUAUGUUGUAAAACAUUUGUUUUCUUUUUUCAAGAAAUAAAAACAACAAUUUUUGAAUAAUUAAACGGAUAUGGUUUCAUCGUCAUUAUAACGCUAUACUAUACUAUACUGUAAAAUGUGUUACGUAUAACCGUCCGUUCAUUAUGCACCAACAAUAUUAAUUUUAAACUUCAACGAUAUUUACGUAAGUAUAGUUCUUUCGGGUAGAGUGUUACGGGAUAUAUUACGUUUAUAAAAUUAAGUUUUCCUUCGAUACGUUAAAAAAUAAUUAUAUUUUUUCCGACAAACUUUUUUAAGAAUAUAAUAUAGAAAUUUGCAAGAAUAUAGUUUCGUUUGUUUUUUUAAUAAAAUACAUAAAUUGCAAUAUGUAUUGCAUAUUUAAUACGUAACUAUAUAUUAUGGUUUUUUAAACUUUAUUUUAUAUUAAUUUUAAAUUGUUUAAUCCGAUGAUUUUUUUUUAGAUUCUAAAUGAAGCGAGAAAUUGGUUGUAUAACCUAUGGGCUCGGAUGAAUAUACAAUUUUUUUUUCUAUAUGUAAAUGAUUUUUUUACAAAAAUUAUUGCUUCAAUCAUCAAAAUCUGGAACGGUUUCUGCAGGCUAGCGCAUUUGUGAAAUAAUUAUUUGAUUUUUCUUGAAGUUUUAUUGAUAGUGGAACAAAUCGGAAUAUAUUCAGUAUUUACGCAAUAACAGUUUCGAUUUUAGAUUUUUUAUUUUUUUGUUGUCAUUCAGUGUUAAAAAAAAAAGAAAUGGUUAAGAUCCAAAACUUUCACCGAAUACUUAUAAUUAGCAUUUUCAAGACGUAUUAAAUUUAAAAAAAACUUACAAAACUUACAAUAAUAUUCUAACGGUAUUAGAGUUAUUAAAAACUAUAUAAUUCUUAAAGUAUUGUGUUGAUCUUAAUGACGAUCAUAAUUGUGUAAAUUAUAUUUAUCAGCAACUCAUAUUCACUCAUAUAAUAAUUUGUUAAAAACACGAACAAUUGAAAUUUGUCUGUGGUUUUAAUAAAAAAAAAAAUUCCAAAUAUGUUAUAACCAAAAUUUACUCAGAAUCGUUUUUCAUUUGCAACUGUGAUUCUUUCUUUUCUUUUUUUUCAGCCCAUAAAACGCGAUAUUUUGAACGUGAUAUUAAAGAAAACAACCAAUCAUACACCUAACAUCGUCUAACCUUACACACGCAUAUAAUUUUAUUCAUCGUGUUUCAGAUCGGCCAUAACCGUGUUUCAACAAAGGACCGAUGGCCGACAUGAUUUCCGCGUUUGGAACGCGCAACUGAUUUCAUACGCCGGAUACAAACAGCCGAACGGCACGAUUGUUGGCGACCCGAUGAACGUGGAAUUUACAGACGUACGUUACAAAAGACUAUGCAUGUAAAUUUAAAAUAAUAACAAAAUUUACGUCGAUCCGUGUGAACCAUACUAUUAAUACCAUAUCGCAUACUCGUCUAAUAUCAGAGGUGGAUAUCUAAAGGACAGUCGGUGAUUCCCCCCCCCCCUUGGAAUUUUCCUUUUUUUAUAUUAGUAUCUAACUAUCAAAAGAUUGUUGUUAAAUUUGCAUUAGUAUAAUAUAGUAACUAUUUUAAAAUAAAUACGAUUAUUUUAAAUAUGAAAUACUUUUCCAUGAACUGUUGAAAUAUAGGAGGACUUGAACAGGAGCGCGCUCAGAAACUUUCGACGGGAAUUGUUAUAAUGUUCUAUCGUCAAUUUUUUCAAUUAAAAUCACCUACAUUUGAAUAUUUUCCGUACUGAUUAGAGUAAUAUAUUUUCAACAAAGAUAAGGGGGUUGAAACCAAUGAACCCCGUUAGAUUUUAAAUUAGCUAAUCCCCCCUACCUGCAAACUGGGAUAUAACCACUACUAUCUGAUAUUUUCCUGUAGGUGCAUACGAAAAUACAAUAAUAAUAUUUACAUGUAACAUAAAAGUUUAGGUUAAUAAUAAUAAAUAAAUAAAUAAUUAAUUAAUAGUUAUAACUUAUAAGCAUAAUGAACACAAUUUUAGCGUAGAUAUUUACCCACCAACAUUUUGAAAAAGAUAUUACAUAUCACAAUUCACUGAUAUCAACUUAGGACAAUAAUUAUAUAAUCUACGCAUAAAAGUACACGAUAUUUAAAAUUCAGGUUCAUUUCUGUGUGAUAGUUAACUCGGACAUUGCCUUUUUAUUUAUAUACAUAUUUAUCGUGUCAUUACACAUUAUGUUCUUAUAUAAUAAUAUACAAUAUUAAAUAUUCAAAAUUCGUUUUUCAGGUGUGCAUAAAACUGGGCUGGCGUGGAAAGGGCACGCGUUGGGAUUUACUGCCUCUGGUGUUGUCGGCUAACGGACACGAUCCGGACUAUUUCGAUUUACCGAGGGAACUUGUUUUGGAAAUUUCACUUGUUCAUCCGUCGUAAGUAUAUAAUAUUAUGUACCUCCAUAAUAAUUUUAGACAUGAUCAGAAUACGUGUAAUGAUUGUAAUGUACAACAGCGGAAAAAUAAAGAAUGCGAUUAUUCGUAUUUUGCGCGUUCGUAUAACCAUAAUAAUUGGGGAAUCCAGAAAUCAAUAAAAUUAAAAGAUAAAAAAAAAAAACAUUUAUUUUCAUAUGUACAGUUUUCCGAGGGAAAAAACACCAAAGUAAAACUAUAUUAAUAAAUUAAUUUUAGCAAUUCGUUUUAACGGUCCAACAAACCCGUAAUCAAGACCUGGUAUGACUACGAAAAUUGACCCCCUAAUAUUUAAGCCCUCCUGACACCAGUAAAAUUUCUCCAGUAAAUAUUAACCCACCGGUAAAAUAUAUCAUGGGGGGUCGAUUUUCACGUUGGUUCUGUUAAUACGUCCAACGAUAAAAAUUUUUAAAUAUAAUUAUAUGAUUUCUUCAGGGAUAAUUAAAAAUGUACAGUAAAAACAAACUAAAAAUGUAAAGUCGAUACUUCGUACGCCGUCGUGUUUUAUUUUCUCAUAUUUUGACGACAUUAAUAUAAUUUAUUGUUAUGUAAAUUUGUGUUCCGAUUAUAAUAUAUAAUACAUUAUGUCGUGCACAUAUGCGAUUGUAGUAAUAUUGUAAUAUACUAUCAAAAACACUAAAAUACAAUUAAUAUUAAUGAAAACCGUACAAAGUGUAAAAGUGCAUUAAGAGUUGAUUAAACGCAUUUGAAAAUGAAAACUAUAAACGUAAACCUGCGAUCGGUUCACGUCUAUACCUUCCGGUGAGAGCUUUCGAGUUUUAACAUUUCAUACAAAUGGUUUUUUUUUUCAAAAUAAAUUUAUCUCAAUAACCAUUACAACAGGUGUGCGUUUCUGCAGACUCAAAUCAUCGGAUGGUCAAACUUUAAAUGUAUACUACCCCUCCUUUUAGUUUUUUCGCCCUGAUUUCAUUUAAUUCGAAAACAUAACACCUAUUAUAUUAUUGUAUUGCAUUAUUAUUUAAUAGUUUCUUCAAUUUUAGAUUCUGAUUGGAAUGAUGAAGCUUAUGGUUUUACAAUGAUAUUGAUUUUUUUUUUGAUUUUUUAUUUUCUGUAGACAAAUUUUCUGUUUUUGCUCCAAUUUUCAAUAAUAGCACUUUUUCUGAAAGAAAAUAAAUAUGAAUAAAUACAUAUUUCGGCCUUUCGAAACAUAUAUAAUCAAACUCCGCUCAGAAUCGUUUUUUGUUAGCAAAGAUUAAUUGUUGUUUACUGAUAUACAUUAAAUUUCACUUUAUGUCAUACCUUACUAAUAAAUAAGAAAAACCAGGAAAAAGUAUGAAAAACAAGAAAAUAGGUACAAUAUUAAACAAAUAUUAUUAAAGAAAAUAUAUAAUGCAUAUGUAAUUAUUUUACCAUAAUAUUAUAUAUAUAUAUGUAAUGGUGACAAAGCAACACUGUCAACUGAACUCCGCUCAGAAUCGUUUUUUCGUUAGCAAUGGUUUAUCGUUGCUUACAAAUGUACAUUAAAUUACCAACCUAUAACAGUAGCUGCACCAGUCCCCAUUAUACUAAAACAGCUUAUUUUAGUUUACUUUAAGGGUGGUUUUUAAGUUUAGAUAUUUUUUUCGGAUAGAUUCAAGACUUUUUCGAAUUCUCAUAUCUCGAUCGCUACCGGUAGUGAUCCGGUCGAACCGUACGGACAUUUUUUGUUUUGUUUUGUUUUUUUUUUAUCACAUAUAUCGCACAUAACGCAAUAUUAUAAUUUAUUAUAAUCACUAUUGUAUUCAAGGUAUUACUCUAUAUCAGGGCUUUAAUCUUAUUUGUUCAACUCAAAAAUACGUUAGUAUAGGAAAACACGCGUUUAAACACUAAACACACAUUGUGCACCUCGGCACGUUUACUAUAAGAAUUAUUGAGUUCAAUUGAAAGAAUAUUAUUAUAGGCAGGUAGAUUAAAAAAACGGAUUUUUUUUUAAUUUAGCAGUUUGAUUAACAACCAAUAAAAAUUCUCGCAUAUAAAUCAAAGAUAAUUUCCUCACAAAACGGAGGCGGGGGGAAUCAGAACAAAAAUUGAUUUUAUUAAUUAGGUAUGUACUAUUUAUACAUUUUUUUUUUCAACGUGAAUAUUUUAUUAUUAAUAUUCUAUCUAAUUCUAUUAAAAUAUAAUCUUCGUUUAUCGGUUUGGACGAUGAAUUUGCAGGAUUUGCAUAAUUUAAUUUUAUGCUCGAAUCUUAAUCACUAUAGGCGUAUACUAACUACUAGCGUUAUGUUGAAAUAGUUGUUAUAAAAUGUUAAUAGGUAUUAAAUGCUAUUCAUUUGGCGUGUAUGAGUUUUAUUAUAACAUUUUUAAUUUUUUAUCCAAUUUCCAAUACGAGCGUUAUUAGUUCAAACUAUAAAAUAUAAAACCUCGUUUAGAUCUCUAGGUGGCUCCCUUAAUCUAACCUACCCUCUAAAGUAUACAAUAAUAAUAACCAAAGGGUCGAUGAAAUUAUUACAUUUUAGUUGAAGAAUUCAAAUCUAAUGUGCUAAACAUAAUCGUUAUCUCAGAUUAAUAUAUACAUUUUUGUGGACAUUUUUUUUUUGGCAACUUAAAAUACAUUCAUCAACAAUAAGUAAUUCUAAAUUUGUGCAUAACAAUUAUUAGCGGUUCCGUAUAAUUAAUUAAUUAACUAAUGACGUACUACUAUAUUUUUUUAUAAAGUUCCUCUGCUCUGCAAAAUUAUUGAAAAUUCGAAAGUUGUUAACUACAAUCUAUGUUCAUAUAAUGAUAUCCAUAAAUUUUUCAGAAAAAAAAAUUUCGUUUAGUGUUAUAUACCAAUCACUCUGAAUCAUUUAUGAAACCCUGGGUUCUUUUUAUAGUUGUUACGUGCUCAUGUCUUUUACGUGCGUUUAAAUGUACGACGUUUUUCGUCUAAGUAUAAGAAAGGUACACGUACGAUAAUAUUUACAAUUAUUGCUCACGUAACAAAAAUAUAAAUUUCGCAUGUACCUACCGCAUUUAUUUGUAAUCAUAUUUGUGUCGUCUUUAUAAUACUCAUAUAUAUAUUCAACAAAUUUAAUACCACAUGGCGUUGAAUAAUAAUUAACAUAACAAAUAUAAUAACGCAGUUAUUAUAUAGCAUUAAUUUUGGUGUUUUUGAAUAGGCUUUUCCGUAUAUUCUGUAAAAAAAUAUUGAGUAGCUAAAUAUGUUUAUUAUUAAAAUAGUAAUGAAGAAACUAUUCAUUUUUGCAUGGCAUACCUUAUUUUAUAUUUUGUGUGAAGAGAGGAAUGUAUUGGUUUUACAAUGGUGAUGUUUUUUUUUCCUAUUUACAACUUUUCCACCAGAAAUUUUGCUCCGAUUUUAAAGUGUACCAUUUAUUCUGAAAGAUAAUUGGAUCGAGGUGGCACUUUAAGGAGGUUAUUUUUUGAUUUUUCAGAGGUUUAAUGGUAAAUAUUACGGCCUUUCAAAACAUAUAUAACCGAACUCCGUUCAGAAUCGUUGUUUGUUAGCAAAGAUUAAUCAUUGCGUACAGAUAAACAUUUAAUUCCCCUUUAUGCCAUACCUUCUCAACUUCUCACCUACAACAGUAGCCCAUCGUACAAAGUACGUAUCUUUUUUGUUGUCGAUUUCCGGGUUGCAUUAUUAAUAGUAAGGAUAAAAAAACGUGAUUAAUACUACUCCGCUCAGAAUCGUUUACCAUUUUCAAUAAUCUUUCGCUUCAUACAAUAUAUAAACUUAAUUAUCUUUUUUCCACCCUUGGAUAUUCUUCGAUGGAUACUCUUGUUAUUGGCUUAUUAGGUUAACGUUUUUCAGUGCCUACCUAUCUAUCCUUAUCUUACUGGAUAACGCAUAGUAACUGCGGAUAAUAUACAAUUAUAUUAUUAUUAUUCAUUAUGUAUGGACGCUAAAUAUAUGGAAACAGUACCAUACAUUUGCAUUAUUAUCAGGCCGUUUCGAUACAUAUAAUAUAAUAUCUCGAUAUAUCAUAUAAUAUCUCGAUCGUCCCGAAACGGUAUUAUAUGAAUAUGAAAUAAUAAUUUCUACUAUACACCGAUGGGACUCGACAUAAAUACUUGUAAUAACGCGGUACGAUUGGUACGUAAUCCCGUCGGUCUGCUACAGUCAGUGUUUUAAGACAAGCAUAUUAUGUUUUGAAAGAUAAAGAUAAAGAUAGAGAGAGAGAGAUACGUGUUUGUUCUUGGUAAUAUUUUCCAACCCCCGAUGAUAUACCUAGCAACUGAAUAUCAUAUUUAACUAAGUAGGUACGUUAAUAUUUUGCAUUUUAUAAAUUAUGAACUGAAUUUUCUUUCCUAAAAUCAUUGGUAGUAGGUACCUUAUAUCAUAGGGGAAAGUGAAAAAAGGAAAAUAAUAAGAAAAUUAUAAUACUUGUAAAUAAAUACAUCUUCAUUUAGUUAUAAAUUAUUUUGUUUGCAACUUUUUAAUAACAUAUUUAUGCGGGUCGAUGAACAUAUUCAUGGUUCAGUGUUUGUCUUCCAUGCAACAGAGAAAAUAUCACUUAGCUCGUUAUAGAAAUUUUUCUAGAAAUUUAAAGCAACGGACAACCUCAAUGUACCUACACAAAUAAUAUAACCUACUCACUAGAAAAAUCGUAUUUGAUAUGACAUUGUUGAUACUAUAGAACAAUAUAUAAAAAUAUAGAAAUGAUACUCGAUCGGCUGAUACGAUAGUAGCACGUCGGUGUUUAUAAUUAUAAUAAUAAUAAUGGGGUCGAUAUGGACGAUGGAUGAUGAACGAAGUAAAAGGAGGUAGUGAUGGGGUGGUACUGUAAUUGGAAAAUCGUUCACGGUGAAUCGGUUAUGCAAAAAUAUGUAAUAUCCAUAAGAUACAAAAAAUGAACAUAUUAUAUAGGUAAUGUGUGCAUAUUAAUAAAAUAGCUAUAUUUAUUAUGAAAUAGUAAAAUAUAAAAUAGAAUUUAAAUUUAUUUUUCUUAAAAAGGAGGGUAAAGCAUUCCAUCUUACACGUCUAUUAAAAUUAUUAGCUCAUCUGAAAUUUGAGUACAAUAUGUCCGCCUAUGAGGUAAGUAUAUAAGUAUAAACAAUUGAUCAUGUUGAAAAUGUCUAAAAUUGUUGAAAAUCGUUAUGCACUUUUUGUAUGUAUUUUUCAAAUUCUACGAUAAAAUUCAAUUCUUCGAUUUUUUUUUCUCCUAUUUUUAUACAUAGAUUCGACUGGUUCUCCGACUUGGGUCUCCGAUGGUAUUGUCUUCCAGCGGUGUCCGGCAUGAUGUUUGACUGUGGAGGAAUCCAAUUCACGGCUUGUCCGUUCAACGGAUGGUACAUGAGUUCCGAAAUCGGAUGUAGGAAUUUGUGUGACCCCCACAGAUACAACGUCUUGGACGUAAGCAUGCUUAACAACAACUACGAUAUUAUAUUAUUUGUGUAUAUACUUUAUAAACAGACUGUUUUUCACGUUUCUUGUCACUUUCAGGAAGUCUUAGAGCGCAUGAAAACCGAAUUGAACGUCUACGGGUUUCUAAAAAAAGACCGCGCUCUUGUCGAAAUCAAUUUGGCUGUUUUGCACAGUUUUCAGGUAAGCCGUAAUUAACAAUAUUUUACAAUAGUACAAUAGUUGUGUAUACAUUACGUCAUAUCAUAUUCGUCGAAUGUUCAUUUGUUUAAUUUGAAUGGUUUUUAGUCGAAUAACGUCACAAUAAUGGACCAUCAUACUGCCUCUGAAUCGUUUAUGAAACACUACGACAAUGAGUUGAGAACGAGAAAAGGAUGUCCGGCGGAUUGGGUGUGGAUCGUCCCCCCGAUUUCCGGUUCCAUCACGCCCGUUUUUCAUCAAGAAAUGGUUAGCUAUGAACUUCAUCCAAUGUACGCUUAUCAGGUAAAUGUUUGUAAAAAUAAAAAUAUCACAAUGUCAUAUUAUUAUUACGUUAACUAACGCACACAAUAAUGGCUAAAUUGAAAUAUAUAUUAUUCAUGUUAACAAACUGAAAAAAAAAAUUAUACUUACUAACUAUACGAGUCGAACCCAGUUUACGGGGAGGUAAGUGCCGAAAUCUAGGAGGCUUAUCGAUACAAAGGGCCCAUUGUGUUAUUUAUGUGGGUAUAUGAAAUGUUCGUUAAAAUAUGUUGUAGUUCAAAUAUCAGGUCUUUACACGAGUAAAUAAUGUCAAUACCAAUGCUAAAUCAAUGGGAAAUAAUAAACUACUACCUAUUUUAGAUUUCUGAUACAAAAUUGGACAAAAAAAGUAUAUAAUAUAUAAAUAUAAAAAUAAUCAAUAUUGAAAUUGUUUAAUAUGACAUAUAAGUGCUGGGGUUAAUCUGGAAUGUAAGAAUUAUGGAGACCCAGUCAAUUAUUUAAAUUUAAUAUUAAAAUUACAUAAUAUUUUCGAAAACGAUAUAUUUAGAUAAAUUAUAAUAAAGCUUUAGGAUAAUAAAAAAAUUCUAGCCCAAGAUAAUGUCGAAUGAAAUAAUUUCGACAUUAUAAAUAUGAACGGCUAAAAAAGUAUAUGUUAUUUGAAGGAACCAGCGUGGAAAACACACGUUUGGAAAAAAGGCCAAAAUCAAGGAAAAUCACUAAAGAAACAGAGACGAAAGUUUCACUUUAAACAAAUCGCCAGGUACGAGUAUCCGUAAAUAAUUAUUGUUAUUUCAUGAGUCAAUAUUGAGUUUUUUUCAUUGUUUCGAAGGGCCGUCAAAUUUACGUCGAAACUGUUUGGACAAGCAUUAUCCCGUCGAAUCAAAGCGACUAUACUGUACGCCACCGAAACGGGAAGAUCGGAAAUGUACGCAAAAAAAUUGGGCGAAAUAUUUGCGCACGCUUUUCACUCGCAGGUAUAUACCUACGUUUGACAGAAAAUUAAUUUAUCAAUGCGAUAUCGCUAAAAUGCCAUCAUUGUUAUCGUCAUGUCUCUAAUAAUAUUCUAAUCAUUAUAUUGCAAUGUCUGCAAUAAUGUUGUUAGUACCUAUGUAUAGGUAUACCAUUAAUAAUUUGUAUAAUAUUAAAUUCAUGCAAAAUAAGGUAAUGAGCAUGGAGGAAUACGACAUGACCAGUAUUGAACACGAGGCGUUGUUGUUGGUCGUGGUAUCGACUUUUGGAAAUGGCGAUCCUCCCGAAAAUGGACAGGUACGACUUGAUUUGGGUAGAAUGAAGGGGGGGAGGGGUAUAAAAUAAAUUAAAUGAAUGUAACUGUUAUUUUUUUAUGUCGCAGGAAUUCGCGCAACAAUUACACUCGAUGAAAAUGGAACACGAAGGCAAUAGUUCCAAUAAAUCUCUUGUCGUCAAAUCUUCGCCUCUCAGGUAAUGUGAUCGAUCUUAUAUUACUCGUUUUAAUUAUAUUCGUAUCGAUAAUAUUUCUUAAUAUUAUUAUUUAAUUUUUUUUUUUAGUUCCGCUUCGUUUAUAAAAGCAAACAGUCUUUCAGAGAGUCAUUAUCUAACCGAAAUGCACGAUUCGAUUAACAGAGAUUCUACGGAUGUCGAUAACUUUGGCCCUCUGGGAAACGUUAGGUAUGUAUUAUGAUAUUAUUAUUUAAAACUAACUCGUUGAAUUAGUAUAGGUACUUGAAUAAAAACAAAAUUAAAACAAAUACCUGCCUAGCUAUUUUAAAAAAUUCGUAACAUUUUAUACAUAACUAAACUGAAAAUUUAUUUAUAUUAAUUUUGUUCUAUUUGUUAUAUUGAAUACUUCGGAAGUUUAGAAUUUGCACAGUUCGUAUUGGAAAUAAUAAUCAUUAUAAACAAAUUACAAAAUACAAAAAUAGUUCUAAUACUGCUUAUUGGUGUGUCUCUGUUGUAUGAGGGAUAUUAAGAAGCUAUAACACAUAGAGUUAAUAUUAAUUAAUUCAUAUUUGUAUGUUGUACUUAUACAACGACAAAUAAUUGCUAACGAAAUACAAUUCUGAGUGAACUUCGAUUGUACGUGUUUUUAAAUGCCAUAAUUUUUUCUAGAUUUUUGUCAAAAUUAAAACUUAAAACAUUUACAAAAAAAAAAAAAUGCUGAUACUCGGCACGGGUGUGCCAUUGUAAUUGAUAAGAAAUUGGGAAGAUAAGAUAUAUUGAGUUAUUUAAUUUAUAUCCGUAAGCAACGAUAAACCAUUAUUAACGAAAAAUGAUCCGGAGUGAAGUUUGGUUAUACACAUUUUGAAAGGCCGUAAUAUUUACAAUUUUUGUCAAAAAUUGAUAUUUAAAUACUCAUAAAAAAAAAAAAUACAAAUUAUUUACGAGUUGGUAAAGUACCAACGCGAUGAAAUUAUCUUUCGAAAAAGGUAUUACAUUUGAUACAUCGGAAUAAUAUUUCUGGUGUAAAUUGUGUACAUAGUAUUUUAAUAAACAGCAUUGUAAAACCAAUAGGUACAUUCCUUCCAUGCUCCGAAUCUAAAAUAAUACCACUAGGCACUAAGUACAAAUUAUAAUGAAAUGUACAAAUAAAGCAUAUAAUAUCAUAGUUAAAUCAAUGCAUUCCUAGAUGCGCUAAGAAUCUAAAAAACAAUAAUGCUACCAACACACAAUACAAUUACACAUAAUAUUAAAAAGCGCAUUUUAAAUUGCAUAGGCAUUAAAAAAAAAACCAAAAUAAUAAUAUUAAUAAACUUACAAAUUAGUUCGUAAAUGUUUUACUCACAAUAUAAAAUGUGUACUUUGCACGGCAAACCUCUACAAAUAAAAUGUUCCAACAUAUUGGUCAAUUAUUUACGUCGAAAUGGAAACCUGUAUAAGAAACUUUCACGUUAUCUACAAUUACGCUUGUACAUAGGACAUCAUACGCAAACAUGAUAAAGAAUAAAUACGUUUAUUGAAUUAAGUAGUAACUUAUUGUUACAGAUUUGCUGUUUUUGGCUUGGGCUCAAGUGCAUACCCGAACUUCUGUGCAUUUGGAUCAUAUGUCGAUAACCUUUUAGGUGAGCUCGGUGGAGAGCGGCUAAUCAAACUCACUAAAGGUGACGAGAUGUGUGGUCAAGAGCAAGCUUUCAAAAAGUGGGCUACCGAUGUUUUUCACGUGAGCAGACUAAAAACAAUCUUAUCGUCAAAAGUAUUUAUUUUACACUUCGAAUUUAUUGCUUUUCAAUGGAAAAGCUUUUGUACUCGAAUCGAACAUGUGUCUGCAUUGUAUAAAAUACGUACAGUGAUCAGCUCUUCGAUAUAAAUCACCGAAACUGUUUUAAAGGGGGGAUGCCACGCGAAUUUAUUUGGAGAAAACUAUAAGAUCCUGUUUUGAACAACUACUUCAGUAUUAUUAUCAUCAGCAUCUAUAAUUAUAUUAUUAUUAUCAUCAUCAUUAUCUAUGCAUGGGGUUGGAAAUGGUUUUUCAAAUUUUUUCCAAUUUUCUAUAAAUUAAAAUUAUUUUUUUAUGUCCACCUUAAUGAUAAGACUUUUUUGCUAAACUACUGUCAUCGGGUAUCGACCCAAUUAAAUAGACGGUUGAAGUUUGACAUUUUAGAUCAAUAAAAAAUUAAACUUACUUCCCAAUAUCGUAUUUCAAUGUUUAAUGUGUGUAUAGAUUUAUUGAAAAAUUGUCUAGGUUAUUUAGGAUGUCAGUUUUUGUAUAAUUAAAAUUUGGUUUGCCCAAUGCAAUAUGGUUAUUUCACAGAUUUUGAAAAAUAAUAUCUGAAUUUUGGAGGUUUUCAUAACUAAAAAUUGAAAAUCAACUAGAAAGCGUGUCAAUAAAUUCAUAUAGACUUUAGAAAUUAAAAUCUGAUAUCAGGGAGAUAUCUAAUUUUCUACCGCUUAUUGGUCUAAAACGUAUGAGGAGUAUAAAUGUCUAAGUGUGUUCCAACACCCUUAGUUCAAAAUAGCUUUUAUAACAUAAUAAUAUUAUUCAAUUAUUGUGUGACAUUUGUUUAGCUUUUGUGUUUCGUUUUUUUUUUUUGAGCUCAGCCACGCUACUAACCCUUAACGAUAAUAUUAUAAUGUUGUGACCUGUGGUUUUAUGCAUACUCAGGUGGCGUGUGAAACCUUCUGUUUGGACAUGGACGAAUCAUUUACCGAGGCAUCGCAAGUACUUCACAACGAAAAACUAUCAUCGUCGACAGUGCGGUUUGUUAACUCCGAACCAGAUGACCUUCGCACGGGUGGGUAUCGUGUGGCUCAGUAUUGUAUUAUAUACCAUAUCGAUCAAUUCGUUUUAUUUACGUGAUUUUAAUAAAUUUGUAUAAUUAUUUUAUUUUCCAGCAUACGCACAGUACCACAACAAAAGAGUGUGCACGUGCCGAUUGGCAGACAAACAGAACUUGAUGAUCAACAGCGGAGAUAGCAAGAGCGAUCGAGUGACCCUGUGGCUGGAGAUCGAUGUGGACGAAUGGGCACAAUCAGAGAAGAUCAUGUACCGACCCGGUGACCACGUGGGAAUGUUUGCGAUCAACCGAAAAGAACUGGUGUCUGCCAUUAUCCCGUACUUACAAUGUGAUCAGGAUCCCGACGAACCCAUGGAACUACAAAUGCUCAAAGAAAAACACACGUCUACUGGUAAAUAAUCUAUAUAUUUUGCCAUUGACGAAAAUAUUUUAUAAUAAAUAUUGUAAUCCAAAUAACUGCAUUUGUCGUUUUGUUUUUAGUAAAAAGUAUUCUUCAUAUUCACCUUUUAUUCACCUCUGUUCUCUACCGAUUUAAAAUACGCAUAGAGAUAAAUCGAUUUUAUGUAAUACACGAAAACGACUUAUUUAUUUUUUUUUUUUUUAGAUUUCCAAUUCGAGAUAGAGAAAACGUAAAAUUUAAAAUAAAUUGUUGCGAUAGGUAAACGAUGCACAUACUCGUAUGGGCAUCAAAUCGUAAGUUUGAUAUUCAAUUUCCAUAACAUAACAAGAAAACUUACACAAUUAUACGAAAUUCGUUCAAUAGUUGACGACAACUUUACAAUAAUAUUGGAUAAUUAUUCCAAGUUGGAUUUCAAGACGGCAGUCUAACGACUCUUAAAAAGUAGUAAACUCGAUAUCGUCGACUAUAUAAUGUACAAUGUAAAACAAUUCUCGGUGUUUUAUGCAUUCUCGAUCGCACCAGCAGGAAUAUAAUUCUAUUCGUUAGAUAAUUUACGGGCAAUUCUACGAAGCCGCUGUAAACGUAAAGUCAACUACUUAGUAACUGUGGUGAAUUCUCCGCGGUAAUCUCUAAAAAAAAUCUGUCCUUGGAUCGCCAACAUUUCGCGUUUAUAUAUAUAUAUAUUUGUUACUAUUACAGCAAUACCUAUAUAUUUUACUUUUUUUCUUUAUUUUUUUUUAGGAGUCUCUAAAAAUUGGUCACCCCACGAAAAACUACCGAGAUGCUCGUUACGAGAUCUGCUAACACGGUUCUUGGACAUCACUACGCCACCCACCCCAAACAUGUUACAGUUUUUUGCUUCGUGUGCCACUGAUGCGACCGACAAAAAGAAUCUCACAGUAUUAGCAACGGUAUAAAAUAUAUAUUAAAACUUAGGCAAUAAUUUUUUCGGUUUUUCGUUCACUCGUUUACAUAUUUUAUUUUUUCCUCCACCUCCGUCACAUAUGCCAACCACAGGACAGCGCAGCUUACGAAGAUUGGCGUCACUGGAAUCUACCGAAUCUCCUGGAAGUUUUCCGAGAGUUUCCGUCUAUAAAACCGCCGGCCGCCCUAUUGGUCGCACAACUUACUCCGUUGCAACCGAGGUUCUACAGUAUCUCUUCGUCGAGUUUAUUACAUCCACACAAAGUACAUCUCACCGUGGCCGUAGUAACAUACAAAACAAAAGGUACUCAUGGUUGUUCAUAUUUAAUAUUAUCGAUAAUAAAUAACAACAAUACGGUAAGUAAAAAACCAAACAAAAACCAGACCACGGCCCAUGGAUAAACUACUGUACAGUAUAGGUGAGAAGUUUGAAAUGUAUAAAAUACCUAUAAAGUAAAUUUAUAUAUAUAUAUAUAUAUAUAUAUAUAUAUAAAGGCUAUAUAGUUCCCGAAAGUGACGAUAAAUCAUUGUAAUUAAAAGACGAUUCUGAAUGGAAAACUAUUAUGUACUAUAAUGUUAAUCGUGUUUUUCUCCUUAUUAUCAAGGGACCUAACCCAGAAAUCAACAGAAAUAUAGCCAAUAUAUAUUGUUUUUAAAUUGUAUAAAAAUCUUUUGAAAAUCUAAACAUAUUUUUCAAAUAAGAUACCAUCAGGUAAAAAAUUCACAUCUUUUAUGAUAUAGCGUAAAAAAAUUGAAACAUAUUAACUAAUCCAAAAAUUAUUUUCCGAGAAAAACACACACAUACAUCCCAGUAAAACUAAUAGGUACUUUGUUUCACUUAGGAUCUAAAAAAUAACAAAAUAUGCGUAGAAAAUAAAUAUAAAGUAUAUGAAUAAUGAAAAUAAUUAUUUGUAGGUAUACAAAGUCACGAGUAUAUAAUUGACUAUGGAUAUUUUUUUUUGGUAAAAUAAUAUCGUAAAGAAGUUAUGGUUCACAGCUUGAUUAUUUAUUUAUUGUACUUUUUAUUCUUAUACUUUCAAUACACUUUGUUUAAUAUUCCCAUUCGAUGAAUUUGGUUUUUUUUCAAGGUGGAAAAGGAGUGUUGCACUAUGGAGUUUGUUCCAAUUACUUACUGGACGCCAAUAUAAACGACACGCUUUACAUGUUUGUACGGAGGUAAAAAAAAAUCACUGCUAAAGGGAUUGGUGACGGUUUUCCAAAAUUUCUCUAAUAUUGUAAAAUUUGAAACAAUUUGUUUACAUUUUAAUGAUCACAAUGAUAAGAGUUUUCCACUCAUCGAAUGAUCUAUAUUCUAAUCCCAUUUUAGGGGAAUAAGUAAGGUCGAUUUUACAGAUGAAUAUAACGUUUUAUACCGAAAAGCCAUACAAAACAGUAGGAAUUGCGUUGGGUGGAUAUUAAUUUUUAAAACUUAUUAUGAUUCUUUAGGUUAAGUGUAAAAGACAAAAUACUUAAUGUACAUUUUUUUAAAAAAAAUUUGAAAAAUACAAUCAAAUUUGUUAUAUUUCUAUUCUAUUUUAUUCCAAUAUAUCCUAGUAAAUAUCUAAAUAAUAAUAAUCCAGUUUUCAAAAUUGAAACCUAUCAAAUGCUGUUCCUACAAUUUUAUCUGGUUUUCAGGUUUAAUUCGACACUAAAAUAAACACCGUCACCGGCAAUCCCCUUAAUCACGAACAAUAAUAUUACAUUUUUUUUAUAAGCCUUUAUAUUUAAUAUUAUUGUUAUUAUUUUUUAUUUUUUUUUUUUUUUUUAGUGCACCGAACUUCCAUUUACCCGACGACGUAUCAAAACCGUUAAUACUCGUUGGCCCAGGUACGGGCAUCGCACCAUUCCGAGGAUUUUGGCAGCACAGAUUCGCACAGAAACAAUCGGGCUUCGGUAAACACAACGUGUUACAAAUAAUAAAUCUCGAAAUUACGAUAUUGAAAUAAUUCGUAUAUAUAGUGCACGAUUAUUGGUUUAAUACUUAUUCCCUCCCCCUUUUUCACCCUCAUCCGCAGAGUCGAGAAUGGGCCGGACCAUGCUGUUUUUCGGCUGCCAAUACAAAUCGAUGGAUCUGUACAAAACGGACAAAAUGGAAAUGAUAAAUGAAGGCGUGUUGAACAAGACAUAUUUGGCACUAUCCAGAGAACCCUCAAUUCCAAAGGUACAUAAUAAGUCGAAAACGAUCGCCGACAGAUAGCCGGUCACAAACUGAAAACUUAAAUACUUAAUAUUAUUGUUGUAUUCACAACGCGUGCAUACAAUUAGGUACCUGCAUAAUUUUUUUUUUGUCGUUUCGUAGACUUACGUACAAGACUUGAUGCAAAAAGAAGCCAAAAUGAUUUAUGAAUUAAUAGCCGUGGAACGGGGACAUUUCUACGUAUGCGGCGAUUGUAAAAUGGCGGAAAACGUAUACCAGACCCUCAAGUCGAUAAUUCAAGAACAGACCGGCAUGAAUUCCACUCAAUCCGAUAACUUCAUGUUGGGAUUACGGGUACGUGUUCGAUACCUCGAUUUAUGAGGGCCACCGAAAGAAAACUCGUGGAAAUACUUUUUUUUUUUUAAGCGCUCGUGGUUCUCCGAUCUCACGUUAAUCGCGAUCUUGUGCGCGCGGUGUAAAACUUUCGUCGGAUGUAUUUUUUUUUUUUUGUUAUAUUAUCACACGAGUGAGCAACUAAAAAACAAACGAAAAAAAAACUUAAUCAUUUUUAUAUACGUAACAAGAAGAGAAAUCCGUGUUUAUAUAAUAAUAAUAUAAGCGCUGCCACUGAAAACUAUAUUAUAUCGUAGUGAAAAUUAUUCGAAAAUUCAAAUAUUCCUGACAAAUCUCCUCGGUACCGACGCUUAAACCGCAGAUGUGUUCCUCUCGGGAAAUAAGAACCUAACUACUUUCACGCGAUAUCUUUCAGGCUAUACGUAAAAAACCGUAUAUUAUCCGAUUAUUCCGAUCGGCGAAUUAUUUGUAUAUGAUGAGUCGCUGUACCGAAAAGUAUCCCGAUGGUUGGAAAAGUAAAUAAAUAAAACGGUCGUAGAUAUGUGAAUUUCCGUAAGUACAUACUAUACACCUACGGAUAAUAUAACAACGAUGUAUAUAUGUAGGUAUAUAUACGCAAGUGUCUUAUAUUUUAGAAUAAAAAUGACAUGUAUGCAAAUAUUCUUAUACUUCCGCGAGUAGAUAAUAAUAUCAUAGGUUUAUCAUAUAUGUGUGUAUACAAAACGUAUCGCGUCGGGUAUUAUCGUAAGUAACCGUUUUUCCCUUAUAAAUCGCCAGCCUAUGCAGAAUGACAUUUUUAUCAUGAACCGGCAAUUUUCUUAGAAGAUUUCAAGUGAAUUUCAUUUAUUUGUAUAUUAAUCGAUAUUUAUAUUAAUUGCUGGUAGAAAAGUUGACCACGAAAAAAAAAAAUAAACAUCAUUGUAAAACCAAAACUCCAAAACUCCGCUCAGAAUCUAAAUAAUCUCUCUGUAUAUUUAAUAUGAUUACAUCCUAUAUGGUAUCGAAUGUAUAAAAUCAAGGUACUUAGUUUCACAGGCAAUAAGGUUCGGAAUCAGUAAUUAAAAUGAGAAAAACUUCGAAGGAAACUAUAUUUACUAAAAAUUAGAAAUUUCCGAAAACUAAUUAAACCCUUCCUCCCUCCCAAAGAAAAGUAAAAUAUUACCUUACAUCUUAUGUUUUCUCAAUAAAAAUAAAACCAAACAAUCGGAUUUUCUAUAAUCCAAUAGGUAAUAAAGAAUUUAUUAUUAAUAAAUCUAACUCGAGUUUUUAAAAUGUCAUUAAAAAUAACUCAGUGCCAAUAACCAAAGGAGAUGAAUAAUUUUACUUUUAACAGGAAGGGGGACUCCAGAAAUUCUGCAAUAAGUGGAAACCACCUAAUCGAAUAUAUCAACUGAAUAGUUAUAAAUCAUUUGGUAUAAACCCAACUUUGAUAAAAAAUAAAAAACUCCUAUAAUAUUAUAGGAGUUUCUCUAUAGUUCUCAAUCGCCCGAUUGUUUAUUUUUCUGGCAGAUUUCCGUGCCUCAAUUUCAUAAAUAUUAACGUUAAGAGGAUGCUUUACUCUCAUGUGCUUUCUCAGUUCAACUAACGGACAAUAAAGCAAAAUCUACUUGAUGCAGACUCCGUAGAACUCACCUUAAUUUUGAUUUGAGAGUAAAAGCACAUAUUAUAAAAUUAAUAAAAAACAAUAUUUCAGAGAGCAAGAAAAUACGUUUAUUUUUUGAAAUGUUACAGUCAUUUAAUAACAAUAAAUUAGUUAUUAUUUCCAAACGAUGUAUUGAACGUUAUAUCCGGGAUAGUAAUUAGAAUAAUAGGAAAAACACAUAAUCUCAACUUCCGGAAUAUUAUCCUCUUUUAAUCUUAUAAUACGUAAUUUUACUCUAAAACCAAAAUUAAGGUGAGUUCUACGCAGGCUGCGUAAGAUUUUUCUACAUCGUCCUUUAGUUUGAUUGAGACGACCACGUACGGGUAUAGCGUCCUCUUAACUACUAUAUUCUUAUCCGUUGAUAUCGAUCGUAAUUUCCUUUUAUUAAUUUGUCUUUUAUUUAUUGAAAGUUUGCGGUUCGUCCUAAAAUUGGUUUUGAAUCAGUUAUUAUAUACGACACGUGUGAGCAUUACGGACGGAGACCGUUUGAACGCACUCCAAUUAUUUUAUCGAGUGUUGCGGUACUCGUCGCUUCGUCAUCGGUCAUUUGCCCCAAACAUCUAAAAUAUUUCUCGGCUCAACACCGGAACAACGAUGACGGAAUAACUUUACAAAACAGUGUUUACACGACAUCAUCGUCUUGCCUAUAAUAUAUAUGUACACUCGUGCGUCGCAUUAUUUAUUUAUACUCGGGCCCGUUUAUUUUAUUUUUCAUUUUUCCCGAUCGAUGAAUAUAGGUACCAAUAUAGUAGAAACCAGAGACGUAGCGUGCAUGUAAGCAUUGUAAGCACAGCUUACAAAAAAAAAGGGCUGAUACUGAGGACGGAUGUGGUCACUGUUAUAGGUAGGUAGCUUGGAAGGAGGGAUACAUAAAGUUAUUUAAUUUAUACUUGUAACCAACAAUAAACCAAUGCCAACGAAAAACGAUUAGAAGCGAAGUUCGGUUGUACAUUUUUUUAAAGGCCGUAAUACUUAGGAUUUCGUCAAAAUUUAUAAAAAAAAAAAGUUCUACAUUACACUCAUUUUUUUUUUUUUACCACUAAGUACAACUCAUAAUGAAACUCCUGUAAAAUAUUCAAGCAUUUCUUUUUAGUCUAAUAUUUGUAUCUACAACUCUACUUAUCAAAUAAAAAUUACGUAAAAAUCUCUCAAAAUUUAUAUGUCUAUAAAUAGCUCAAAAAUGGCUCAAAUGUUUUGAAAAUUAUAUUACAUCUAGAAAAAGAAAAAUAAUCUGUCAAAAUUUCAAUCCUCUACGAAUAUUUUUAACCGAAUUACAUUCAAAAAACAGAAUUUUAAAAUAAUAAAAGAACUAUUUCCGUAAAUUGUCUCGUUCUUUCUAUUUUGUGUUUUUGCCCAAUUAUUAAUAAAACUACGGAGAAAUUAAAAAAUGAAUUUUUUACUCACGUACUAUAGAUUAAAAAUGCACCAAAAAAGGUCUUUUGUAAUUUUUCUAUAGGAGCAAUAUUUAUGGUAAACAUUUUAAACAAUUAAUUCAUUGCACCGUAAUUAUUUUAAAAAAAUCGUAUUUUUUGGUUUUUCCCAAUUAUUAUGAAAAUAAUAUUAUUAGAUAUUAAAAACCGACUUCCUUAGAAAGCGUCUAUAUAUUAAGAGAAAUAAAGUUGAUAUUUUGUCAUUUUUUGAUUGGAGCAAUAUUUCUAGUAGAAAACAUCGUGUUUACUAAUUUAAAAUAAUGAAAUCUGUAACGCCGCGGCGCGCCGUAAAUAUUUACUGUUUUACCUAUAAUUUUCUUUCGGGUUUUCCUCAAUUAUUUUAAAAACCCAUUAGAAAAUCAAAAAUGACCUUCUCAAUACAUCAACUAAUUAGUAAUGAUAAUUUCAACUAAAAUUAUCUUUUAAAAAAUGUGCUACACAUGUUACUUCGGAGCAAAUUUUCUGGAAGAAAAGUUGCUCACAGACACAAAAAAAAAUUAAAAAACACAUUAUAAUAAAACCAGUAGAUCCCUCGCUACGACCUGAAUUUAAAAGAAAACUAAUCAUUCAUAAUUUCGUCCUAUAAAAAAAAAAAAAAAACUAUUUCAAAUUUUCAUAAGUUUUGGUUUGUUUAUCGGAUAGUCGAUAAUGUAAUAAUGCAUAUAAUAUAUAUUAUAAUAUUGUAUGAUACCUAUAAUCAACUAUAACUAACCUCCGUAUAAAAUAACUACACUGUUCAUCGUUCGACAAUAUUUUGAUUUUCAGGAUGACAAUCGCUAUCACGAGGACAUAUUUGGCAUUACAUUACGGACGGCCGAAGUACACAACAGCUCGAGGCUAUCCGCCCGAAUACGAAUGGCGUCCGAAACGCUUCCAUAACGUUCAAUUUGGCCUACGAUAGGCAACAUAUUGGCUAAGUCAAUAGCAACAAUCCAAGAGUUUAGGGACAAAAAAUUGUAAAUAUAAUACUAUAUGUAUAAUAACGAUAUAUAUUAUAUACAACUAUCGUAGGUACCUAUACGUAGACGGGUGUAAAAAUAAAAUUAUAUUAUAUUAUAUUAUAAUAUUUCAAUGUUUAUCAUCAAUGGCGGUACUUUCUAAACAAAAUUAUACUCUUUCCGCCACCAGUGUAUACCUACAUAACACAAUAUUACGCCCCAAACCCCGCAAACGUGUACAUAUUAAAUUAUUAUCAUAAUACGAUUUAACUAUAGGAAUACGUAGUUUAUCUGUUUGCAGAGGUGAAAAAAACAAAAAUGUUUUGGAAACGAAUCCGCGUUUUCGCCACGCAUUAAUUAUUAUUGUACAUAGAAAAUGCUCGUGGAGAAAUGUAUAAAAACGCUUCAGGGUUCGUUCUCGCUGGCCAUAAACCCGUACACUCAGACGCUUCCAUGCAUUUCUCAUGCGUUUCGAACAAUACUUCCGCGUAUAAAAUAUUAUAAAUUAUUAACGGCGAUACUAUUAUAUGCACAACGGUUAUAUUCAGUUUCGAUUAAAUAUCGCAACCGAUCGAAAAAGCCUCGUUGCAUAAUAUAACACAGUCGAGGGGCAAAAAACUGAUUUUCAAAACGUUAUAUAAUACAUAAUAUUUACGAGAUCUUUUCACUAUAUUUAAUUCGAAAUUCUAAAACUUGUAUAUAGGUAAUUUUAGAUACUCAGAUACACAGGCAUUAUACAUCAAAAGGAUGAAUUCAAAAUAAUGAGAAAACGAAUAGAGCGAAAAUGAUUGAGUUAAUUUUUGACUAUAAGAAUACGAGUAUAAUUUAUUCCCUAAAUACUACUUUGCCCUAAAGAAAGGGGGAUUUUAGUCUCCUAAAAUUCAGCCAAGCCUCCCCUCAAAUCAAGCCCUCGUCAAGUAAAUACUAAGUAUACAUAAUCAAUUGGACGAGGGUUUAAGCUCUUUCAAAACAUUUAGGCUAUUUGCACCUAUGAAUUCUAUACUACUAUAUAAUAUACGUGUAGUGAAGAUUAUUUAAAUUAUUUUAUUUUAUUUAAUUAAUUCAAAAUAGGUACGAAAAUCUUCGCUAGUUUAAUACAUUUUUUAUCUUAUAGUAUAGUGUACUUUACGUAUAGGUACCUAAAUAACUAUAAAUACCUAUCUGGUAUACAAUUAUUAUUUUAUUUUUUCAAUUUGUAUAAAUAUGUUUUUGAAAACAA